GCAAGGAAGGCGCGCGCUAAGGAGGGAGGAGAGUGGUGUAAAUAAACGCAAUAAAUCCAGGGGAAACCGGAAAAAGGGAAAACCAGGAGCAUUUACCUGAGCUAUUCCUUGCUGGGGAAAAAGAAGGAAUGCGGGAGAAAUGUGUGGAGAAAGCAAGAACAUAAAACUCCCACUCGAUCCUAAGCGCUUUACCUGGAGGUCAACCUCCCUGAGCAGGCGCGGCGCUUACUUCCGAGUAAACGUGGCUAGGCCGGCUGCCGAUCCGAGGUGCUGGGGGGGGGGGGAGGCAAGCGGGAGGGGGGACGAGGUGGCAGAGGAGGAGGAGGAGGAGGGAGAUUUCGGGUUGGGCCAAGGCGCGCGGAGCCACUUUCCGCCAGCUGGGAGGAGGGAACGGCGAUGGGUUGCUGGAAAGGGGGGGAGGGGGGAGGGAAGGGCCAGGGCAGAGGAGAGAGGGGUGGGGGAGCCGCUUCGGAAACUUCCUUCGGCUCCUUCUCUUCCCGCAGCAGUUUCUGCCGCCGGGCCGCCGCCGGGCCCCUGCCAUGCGCGCCGCGCGCGUCCCAGCGCAGCUGGCCCUGGCGCGCUGAUCUCCCCGACGGGCGAGCCGUUUCCACGCGGGCUCGGCGGUUCUGUGCCCUCCUAUGGACGACGCGAGCCCCCUAUCCCCCAAGGCCAACGCGUUCAGUAUCGCCUCUCUGAUUUCAGCCGCUGAGCGCGAGGGAAAAGGAGGCGGCGACGAAGAAGACGACGACAACGACGAGGAGGUUGCAGUCGCUGCGCUGGACUCCGAGCCCAGCGCCGCCGUCGGUGGGGGCCUGCGCAGACCUUACAGCCCCUCCGCUGCCGCCGCUGCCGCCGCCCGGAGGAGGAUGCAUUUUAGCGCCGUUACCCGGGACAUGGAAGGUAAGCGGCGAAGAGACUCGAGAAAUUUGCUUUUAAAUAAAUCAGUUGGUGGGGAGGGGAGAGGGGAUGUCUGCAAAAAUAUGUGGCGCCCCUCAGCCACUGCUUAGCGCAGCCGGCACCCAGAGGUCAAGGGCGAAGGGAGCUCCGGGGAUCUCGCCCACAGAAACUCGCACAACUGCACAGUUUGCUCGGAUACUCUCCUCCCGGUUAGAGCAACCCAGCUCUGCCGCGCUCGGAGACCCGGAGACGGCCCAAGGGGCUGUGUUGCAGCAAGGAAACCUUUUGACAACAGCCUCAAACAAAGCAAAACCCAACGCCCCAGUCCCUCUGCGCCGCGCACGCCGACACCUGGGAAUUCAAGGUGCCUGGGCUUACUUCCGAGUAGACACGCCUCCGCUUGCCCUGCGCCGGCUCCCUUGCUCCAAGGAACUUCCGCGCAUUGAAAAUGUGCCUUGUUUCGCGUAUAUUAUUUUCCGUGGCGCUUUGUCGCCGAGGAAUAACGCGGGUUUUGGGGGCUUCGGGUCUUAGGGAGCUGCCUGCUGCCGAGUUAGACCAGCGGUCCCUCUAAACUCUUCUUACUGACACUAGGUCUCCGCGGGUCUGGGGCGCAGAUUUCCCCCGAUCCUAAGGGGUCUGAACUGGGGAGCCAUCUGCCUACAGAGCAUGCCGUUUGCCGCUAAGCCACGAACGACCCUUCCUCAUAUAUAGGCUCCCCAAUGGAGAUCCGCAGCAAAAAGCGCCCCCGGAUCCUCCAGCUCCGGGCCGUAGCCAGCGGAGAUAUACUCAGAGUAGACCCAAAGGAGCUAAUGAACCUGUUAGUCAUGCCCAUUAGUUUCAAUGGGUUCUGCUUGGAGUACCCAUUAUAAUUCAUAAUAAUUAACGACAACAAUAAUAAUUAUUAUUAUGAUGAAUGUUGUGCAGCAUUGCCAAGUCACUUAGCAUUAAACUCACCGUGUGAGCGGAUGGGUCUGUGAGCAGCAAACAUUGCAGUUCUGUUUGGGGUUCUUAAAAAAAAUAAUAGUCCAUACUUUUGUUUAACCGAUCUAGGAACUAAACCACAACCUCUUCUGGUUUGCUCGCCCGCCCGGCGUCUUUUCUUUGGAAAACGACUCUCCUCUAAAAGUAACCGAGGCCGGAGUCCCGAAACAGAAGCCUACCUGGGCGUCAGCCCCAUAGAACCCAGUGGGGUUGGCUUCCGAGUAAAAGCAUCUGUGGCAUUUGGGUGGCACAUAUAACGUUAGCAACUGGAGCCACCGCCCACGGAAAAAACAAACAAACCACAGGCUCUCUCAAAUCGAUAGUAAAUCUAGGUUAGGCACAUGCUUGUAAUGUGCUGCUUCGCUGUCAAUUAGCAAAGUAGCCCUGAGCUAUGGAGUUAUUAGCAGCGAUUGCAGCGCAGUCAGGAAGGGACCACGUGUGUGUUUCGGGGGAGGGGGGGGGAGAAGCUCUCUCUAAUUUGCCUGUAAGAACAAGAGAAAGUUGAGUAUUUGGGACAUAUAAGUCUAUUCUAUUCUUAUUAUUAAAUUCUAUUCUUAUUAUUAAAUUUACAAGGAACUAUAAUAGUUCCCUUCUACAUAAGGAAAGUCAAGGGAAUGCAAAUCUAACCACAGGACUUUUUAAAGUCCCGUUCCUUUGAGUGGGAAGAGGUGAAGUCUUGUCUUAACCCUUACUGAAAAAUAAACGGCUGAAACUUCGGAAUAAAUGAAUGGAACUACAGGUUUUGACCGGAUGGUUCCCAUAUACGGUGCAGAUUAUACACACAGGAUCACACUAACGUUCUGUGGAGCUGACAUAAAACACGUUUGAGUCUUGCUUCCCGGUAAAUAUGGUAAACACUGGGUUGUAUUUUAUAUACAGAGAUCUUAAUCACUUAACUUGGAAGCCAGUUCCAUUUAAGUUUUUUUAAAAAGUUUACUAUAAAUAAACACACAGAAAUGAACUUGUGCUAGAUUCCACUGCGAUAGCCCGGUUCAUUUCAACGCGCAAUGGGGCGUUAGCCUUGGCGGGGAGGAAUUAGUUCACGAUAUUACAGAGCUUGGAAGAAAUACAAAUAAUUAGAAAUAAAAUAAAAUAGCAGUGUUAUGGUAUAGGAAGUCAUAUGGCGCUUAUAGAAAGUAUAAAACAAUGGUUUUAGAACUUUAAAAAAACCCCGGCUGGUUCAAAGUCAAGAGGCGAUUUUCUACAACCAUAAUCCAUAAAGUUUAAUUGGAGAGUGGCGGAGAGGAUUCUCUGUUUCAAAUAUUCCAUGUGGGGGAGAGAGAGAGAGAGAGACUGGGGGCUCAUCCAGACGACCAGAGCAAUAAAGGCUAUAUGCUGUAUUACAGCGCAGCCAGACACCGUGCUAAACAGCAAGCGAAUAACACAGGACACAAUAUGGAUUUAGCACGUGUUUGUAAACCGCCUGGAAGAACUAGCUGGUGGAAAUGCAGGAUACACAUAAACUUUAAUUAAUUAAACUUCGCGGAAAGGUCACCUAUACUAUAGGAACCCCACAGAAGUGAAUGGGAGAGAUGUGGUACUGCGCGGUUCCCGUUCACUUCCAUGGCUCUCUCUCUCUCCAGAAUGAGAUCUUCUGGCUUGAGGAGGUGUCCAAGAGUAGCUCAGAAUAAUAUGACGGGCUUCCACACUACAUCUUAAAAUAAGCCAUAAUAACUUUUUUAAAAGUUGCUUUUUAAAGGUUACUUUUAAAACAGACUAUACUUACUCGAGCUGACUCUUAAACAACAAGAAAACUUAGAUUGUAUAUUCGCUAUUUCAUUAUAUAGCGGGAUUUAACCUCGGCAGGAGAGUCCUGCCAACUUUCCCCAAAUUUUCUAGUAACCCAAUUCUCUUACAGGAACAUUUUUUUGAGAGGAAGUAAACUCCAUUGAAUAUGAUAUCUAAAGAGUCGUGUAGGAAAAGAUGCCCAUUCAGUCUGAUUUCAGUGAGUAUUCUCCGCAGGAAUAACUUUAAUCUUAAUUUUAUUUUUAAAUCCGAACAGAGGAAUCAGAAUAAUUCUGUGGUUUCCUUGGAACUUGACUUCCAAGGAAAUGCACUUCCACGGCAAUCUAAUAAUAAUAAUAACUUCCCAAACUAAUCUAAUUAUAUUAAUAAUGCCUCUUCUUGAAACCAAUACCAUUUCAUUCCUUCCAGCGUGCAGAGCAUUGGGAGGAACGUCAUAGCUCAGUUGUAGGACAUCUGUCUUGCAUGCAGAAGGUCCCGGGCAUCUCAGGUAGAGCUGGGAAGGUUCCUUUUCUAAAACCCUGGAGAACCGCUGCCUGUCAUUGGGGACAAUAUUGAACUAGAGAGAUCAGUGAUCUGACUCCGGGUUAGCAACAGUGAAUUUAUCCCCCUACCCUCUCCAAUACUGUGUUCACAUAUUAGCGAGCCCGCAAUCCGGAUUAGUACUGCAAUCUCAUAUAUAGGACAGUAAACCUCAUUCAACACUGUAUAUAGAUCGGGGGCCUAAUUCGGACAAUUUCGGGGUGGAGAGGGGAUUCCUGUCCAAGUCCUCCUGGCCAUUUAAAUAGAGUUAAGAGCUCAAAUAAGGCCCCUCGCUUUUGCUUCCAGUAUACGGCUUAAGAGAUUUGUGGACCGGCGCUUGCUGAAGCUUCAGAGGUCCUGGGUUAAAAACGAGCCUGUUUGAAGGGGUAGGAAAGUUGCAGUGGUGCUGGAUGAGUUUGCACAUCUAUAAUAUGCAUAUAAUUAAUUUGCAUUAUAAAAGGAAAUGGGGAUGAGGGUGGAUGAGAGGCGAUGCAAGUGGGUUGUUGUUGUUUUUUUUUUUUUAAGAGGUUGCAUGUAAAUUUCUGCUUGCAUCAAAGCUGGGAGAGCGAGCCAAGGGAGAGCUCCAGGAAAAGCCCACCCCCUCCAAGCGCGCGCGCGCUCUCUCCCUGCUUGUCAAUCACUUCGCGGCUCCCGAGGCAAGGAAAAGCGCGCGCGCGCGCGUUACCUUGCAGGGGCUCCCCUUUAUCGCCAUUAAAGAAGAAGGGAGAGGGGGGAGGAAAGUAAGAACCGGUUUGGUGGCAGCGAAAAGAGGGAGGCCCUCUACUGAGAGAAAGAGAGAGGGAAAAGAGGCCGUCUCACAGCCAAGCCAGGAGAAAAUGGAAGCAAAGAAGGCGUUUAAAAGAUGAGGGGGACGAAAAGGAAGAGGGUGGGUGCGGGGCGGAGGUGCCGAGCCCUGCCCGGGCAGCCAGCCGCCAGCGCUCGCUGGCUGACUGACGGCCGGGCUGGUUGACUCGCCCUCUCCCUUUCAGGGGCGAGGCCAAAAGCCAAAGCGCGAGAGGGGGGGGAGAAAGAGUUUGGCGGUGGGAGGAGGGACGUCCCCUGCUGGGCUGGGCGCGAGGAGGAGAUAGGAGAGCGUGGCGCGCGCCCAGGCCUCUCCACCGCCGCGCUCUCCCCCCCCCCCAGUCCCCGGGGGAAUGACUCAGUCCGUCUGUCAGUCAGUCAGUCAGGAGCGCCACAGCGCGAAAAAAAAGAGACAGAGGCAGUCUGAAGGAGUUCUUGUCAGUAGCGCUCGCUCGCUCGCUCUCUCUCGAGCCGCCGGGGAAGCGAGAAAACGCCAGAGAAAAGGAGCUCGUUCCUUCAGAGUGCGAGGGGCUUUUCUGGGCCUCUCUCUCUCUCUCGGCGUUCAGUUCUCUCGGCGUCUCGCCGGAGCCGAGGCGGUGGCCGCCUCGCGCGCCUUCCUCGGAGAGCCCCCGGCGCGUUUAUGAGGAGAAGCAGCCGUGGGGUUAAGCUGCAAAGUUUCUAGUGCGCGCGCAGGCGCGCCACCGAGAGCGGAGGAGCGAGCCAGCCGGCGCUGAGGCGAACUUGGCCGAGCGCUUUUUUUUUUAAGGGGGGGGUGAGAGAGAGAGAGAGAAAAGGCCAAGUCAACCGAGAGAGAGAGAGGGGCCUCCAUUCUCUUUCUCCCUCAGCGGCGGGGCGCUAUAAAUUGAGGUGGCUGUGGCGCCGCGGCCCAGUUUACCUCAGGAGGGCGAGCAGCUCCGGGAAGCGAGCGAGCGAGCAACCGACCUGACCGCCCGCUGUUCUCUCUCUCUCUCUCUCCCCCUUCCUUCCUUUCUCUCUCUUUUCUUCUUCUUCUUCUUCUUCCUCCGGCAUGAUAUCAGCCAUCUCCAGCCCUUGGCUGACGCAGCUGUCCCAUUUUUGCGACGUCGCCGCUUUCACGGCCAACAGCCUGAGCAGCCUCAACGCGUCGGCGGCGGCCGCGGCCGGCUACCACCACCUCUCGCCGUCGCCGGGGGACCCGUACGGCCAGCAUGAGCCGCCGCACUACGAGCCCUGCUCGGCGCAGCAGCAGCAGCAACAGCAGCAACACCCGCCGCCUCAGCCGCCCCCGGCGCCGCAGCACCACCACGCCAGCCAGCAGCAGCAGCAGCAGCAACCCCAGCAGCUCGGCUACGCCUUCCCAGGCGGCUCCGGGGCCAAUCCUCCUCCUCCGCCGCAGCCGCCGGGCUCCGACACCCCCGAGAGCGGCGGAGGGGGAGGCGGCGGAGGCGGAUCGGCGCCGGCCUCGGCCAAGGCGCCGGUCAAGAAGAACCCCAAAGUGGCCAACGUCAACGUGCAGCUGGAGAUGAAGGCGCUGUGGGACGAGUUCAACCAGCUGGGCACCGAGAUGAUCGUCACCAAGGCCGGCAGGUCAGAGCCCCUUUGCGCCUUCCUCCCCUUUCUUGUUUGGCGCGCGGGGCGGGUUGGACUGGAUGACCCCGGAAGGUCCCUUCCAAUUCUGCGAUUCCCGGCCUCUCCGGGCUUCCUAGGCUGGAGUAAAGGGGGGGGUGUCUUGCUCAGAGGAGAUCGGGCGAGGCUUCCCUUCGUGGUGCCUUUUGAAAUGGACGGGCCUAAGGGAGUCAGGUCCAUUAACUUCAAUGGGGCUACUCUGAGCAAGGCUAGCAUGGGACUCCGUGGGGCGCUAGGGGCUUCCUUCCGAGGAAGUGGGGUCCACCGUUUCUUCUCACCCCCAAACUUCUUCCCCGAAAGACCCCUUCUCAGGUGCUUUCUGCCCCGAUGGGCAGGCAGUGCGGACGAAUGGGAAACAUACCAGGCGUUCUUUUAUUUAUUUUAAGGCAUUUAUUAUUAUUAUUAUUAUUAUUAUUAUUAUUACACGAUCCUGCCACAGUUGGGCGCUAUGGGGAUGUCCCGUUGAAUACAUAAAUAUAAUCUGGGGAGACUGGGAAGGAGGGAAGGCUGCGAUCCUAUGCCUGCUGAAACUUGCAAGCGCUGUUGUGCUUUCUUCUGAGCAGAAGACCCGCCGAGGAUUGCGGCGUUAAGGCUGCGAUUCUGUGCGCGCUUUGGAUAGUAAAAGCCUUUGAGCGCGUUGGGACUUUUAAUCGACUUCCUGGAGUUUAUUCUUCAUUCCUGCCGUGAAUACCACUAGGUCCCCCCCCCCCCUUUGCUUGCUUGCUUGUGGCAUUUUUUCCACCCUCCCCUUCAUUGUUUUCCUUACGCUCUUCUUGCUGUGGCUUUGGUUAAGUGCAGGAGUUACUAAGGAACGAAUUCGUCCCUAAACGCCCCGAUCCCAACCACUUUCGCUCGUGCCCGCCUCUCCUCCUUCAGCGGUGCUUACUUCCAAGUGAGACUAUGUGAUCCAGGAUCCUUCACUUUAUUGACUCCGGAUUUCAUGUAGCGACAUCUCGGCUUAUCUGACCCAAAAUGUUGCUGAUUUGUUUGCUUUUUUAAAAAUCCCCUUUACAGUUCACAGUAGUACAGGCUAACGCUGGUGGAAACCUUUUUGAUUUGAAAAAUAGGUGUGGAGGAUCAUUAUUGUCAUCAUAAUGCGAUGAUUAAAUGAUUAGUUCAUUACCAGUCUUAAUCAACCCUCAUCCUUCCAAAACUCUUUCUUGAGACCCAAUCUUUACAUAUAUGCACAAUGUGUAUUUUUAAAAAGUAGCGCUGUAAUGGUUUAAUAGAUCCUGUACACGUUUACUCAGAAAGAAGUCCUACUGAGUUGAAUGAGAAUUGCUCCAAAGUGUGUGUGUGUGUGCGCGCGCCUAGGAUCGCAGCCUGCGCUCCCUCUACCGCCCCGCCCCACCCUACCCUCCUCGUCAUUUCCUUCCGAUAAUUUGCUGCCCAUUAUAACUUUAAAAUAGCUUCCCGCAAGGUGGUAGCCCACAAAUUAACUAAACGUAAUUGUACUCAAAACUGGCUGAUCCACUUUGAUCCUGAACGCAACAACGUGUACUUGUCAUUCCGGCUGAUUUAACGAGGACUCAUUUUCACCUGAAUAAAUUGUUUCGGGUGGGGGCGUCAGCGGUCUCCCUUUGAUUCGGCGGAAGAGGCAAGCUCGAUCCUUAAAACCCUUCGCUCAGGUAGAAGCAGCUUGCCUGGCCUGACUUGGUUUGCGGGUUGUAACGUGCAAAGGGGUCAACGCGUGACCGUUCAUUCCCUAUUUUGGGAAGAAAAAAUGUAUAAAAAUCAGAAUUAAACGUUGAGAUCCCGGCAGUCGAGCGGAGAUUUUAACUUCCACAGGGAUACGCUGCACGCUUUAAAAUUAUAUAUCUUAAUAUUUUAGCUGGCGCAAAAUCUGCUUAAAAUCUUAAAUACGCGUAGUUUCUUUUCAUUGUCCGGAGUUUGGGUUCUAGUCUCUGUUGAGUCGCGUAAAAUGUGGGUUUCGCAACAUGCGGUUCUUUCUUUCUUUCUUUCUUUCUUUCUUUCUUUCUUUCUUUCUUUCUACCGUCCCACCACAGUGCAGAAAAUUAAAGUUCAGAAUUUCAAUGCCGUUUUAAUGCUUUUGCUUUUUUUUAAAGUUCCUAAGGAAUGAAUUCAAAUUCCCUUCGGGGGAUAGAUAGGUUGGAAACAUUUUAUAGGCCUGUUUCUGGAAGAAAAUAUAUAUUUAAAAACUUCACUCUUUCAGGGUAAUCUGCUUUCAGUCACUUGUGUUUCUUUAAGGGGAAGCUCUGCGUUUUGUCUCAGUGUGGAAAAGAAAAGAAGAGUUGGGAGCGGAGAACAGAGAAAGCCUCUUAUAAAUGUGUGGGGAAGCGCGGAGAGGCAAACGUGUGUUUACAUUGCUUAAAAUAUAUAUGAAAAAAUACAGGGAGGGGGUUAUAUCAAUACGGAGCUUUGUUAGUACUUUAUUUUGAGCGGGGGAAAUGAUGGGAUUUCGCCUGUUUAGUCAUCGCUUUCUAUUCAUGCCUUCGGAAGGGAAGUAAAAUAAAUUCAGGAUUCGCCCUAGCAGGCCUCUCAAACUCUCUCUCUAUAUAGUACAUAUAUAUAGUAUAUAUACAUACACAAUAAGAACAAAAAUAGGUUGGGUUUUUUUUAAGUAUUAUGUUUCGUUAAAGCCUUAGUUCAGCAUAAUUUAAACAUUCAUUUAUAAAAUGCUGGGGAUUUUUUAAUUUUAUUUUUUGCAUUUUAAAUUUUGGGUAUAUACUAAAUGAAACACCUACUUCAGAGGGCCGCAUAAAUUAACUUGAACACACACAGCCACCCCCACCCCCAACUUUCCUGUCCCAGCAGGAGUUGUCGUAUAUUGUGCUCCCGUUUUGUUACAGCAACAACCCACAAUUCAGUUAAGCUGAAAUAAUUGGGAGUUGUUGCUCCGUUGGGGCCCCGAUUAUGGAACGGUUUCUGCCGAGGCAAUGAACGCCGCCCAAGGCGCUAUAAACAGACCUCCGCUUCCGCGUCAGGAGAAAGUUCAAGCCUGCGCUUAGUUCCUCGGAAGUAAGACCCAGCAAAGUUCAGUUCCUCACUAGCUAAGAGUCUUUAGGGUGACAUCCUCUGUGAGUAUACGGCCAGCAGUUGGUAGAUCAGCCCCGCUGGUUUCAAAGGGGAAUUGGUUGAAGAAUCACAGUCCCUAACUUCUUUUUAUGGCAAGAAUGCGGAGAGAGGGGGAGGGCUAGCUGGGGCCUUGAAUCUGAUCCCAACCAGCGUGGCAAAUAUCGUUGGUCUUCCAAUCACGGCACACGGGCUCACUUUUAUUUUGUUAGAGCAAGGAGCUCCGGAUCUGGCUUGUUAGCCCCAUAACCUUUUCGGAGAGGAGCCGCUUUGGUUCUGGAAACGAAAGACUCCAUUGCAGAGAAGAGGCCCGGUGUGCGCUGGAGUCCCAUUUGGGUCUGACGCUUUGGGGGAAUUUAUUUUCUCUCUCUCUCUUUUUCUUUCUUUCUUUCUUUCUUUCUUUCUUUCUUUCUUUCUUUCUUUUUCGCUCUCUCUCCCCGCGACUGUUCCUCGGGAAGCAGAAACGCCUGCACAUGUUUGCUGGUAGCAAACCGUGAGCAGAAAGGAACAAAGCCUGCCAAGUCUACCACCGUCUCCUGCCGAGAAUGCUCGGUAGGAAUUAUUAGCCAACCCGGUCAUAAUUUUCUUUUUCCAGUCGCCCCCGCUCUCUUUCCCUUUCCGUUUACACCUCUGCAGCAAGCAGUGAUGCAGAACACCUGCUGGUAGGCAAUGGGCACGAUCCAUGCUCUUUUAAACUGCAUUGAUCUCCCCCUCUUUUCUUAUCAGAAUGUCAUACAUUUAAUAAAAACACCUUCCCAAUCCUGGGAACCGUGGUUUACACCUUAGAAUCCCCAGUACCCUUAACAAACUACAGUUUCCUUGAUUACUUUUGUGUGUGGGGGUGUGUGCUUUAAAUGUAUGGUGUGUACGCAACUUGAUCUCUCCCAGGGGAAUCUAGGCGAUUUCCAAGGAACUUGGCUUUGCCUGGAUCUUGCCCAGCCUUUUUAGAUCAAGGGUUUUUCCUUUCCUGGGAGGCGAUUUUUAAAGUAACUGGUCUAGAAGUUACAUAGCAGUGUCAGGAAGAGAAUACCCACGCCUUUUAAACUUCCACAAAAGAACACUCUGUUUACUUACUUUACUUGGCAGUAGUUAAGUUUAAAUAAUAUUUGGCUCUGGACUUCACAGUCCUACGGUGACUCUAUAGAUGCGUGUUUGGGGACCCUCCUGCUCAUUCUUCUGAGUGGGUCCCUGGACUUCUGCCCCCAAAGUUCUACCUGGAUGGCACAGUUUAUAAUUGUUGAUCGUGUUAGAAGAACCCUUUUAACUAAUACAUAAACAUGAAUUUCCUCCCCCAGGCACAACAGAAGUUGCUUAGCGUUGUUCCUGUCGCUUUGAGUGUUUGCUCAGAAGUAAACCUCGCUGUACGAAAACGUAAAUGUACACAGUUGUUGCGUUUAAACAGCACACACACACACACACACACACAGAGAGAGAGAGAGAGACAGACAGACAGACAGACAGACAGACAGACACACACACACACACACACACACACACACAAUUUCCUUUCCAGUCCCUUUGGAGCUUACCGAAGGGACACGGGGGAAAAUACAGACUGGCUAUGAGAUAGUCACUACCUCAUGUGGACGCCCCGCAGAAAAGUGAGCGAGCAAAGCGUGACAUUGCCACCCUAAAUCUAAAAGGCUAUACGCAGUCACUUGGGAUUGAGUCCCACUGGACUCGAUGCGAUUUGUCUCUCAAUAAACAUGCCUGCGAGGAUUGCAGUAAAAAGUACAAUGUGGAAAACGUUCAUUUAGGAAAGCAGAGAUUCUGGAUUUGAAAGGAAUCUCUCCAUGGGCGAGCUUUUUGUUUUGAUUUUAAAAAAACAAAGACUUGCGGGAAAAGGAAACUGAUGCCCCAGUUUCUCUCUCAGAUUCGCGAGAAUUAGGGUUCAUACCAUCCGGCAGCUUCUAAGUCAAUGGCUGCUUUUGUUCUGAAUUGGUAGGGCUGAAAUAAUGGAGCGGGGGAAUGGGCGACUUCCUAAAACCUCGGCGAUUGUUUCAAUGGGGGAAAUGCUCUUCGCAUUGAUUUCGGUUUGGUUUGAGAGUUCUUUGCCCACAUUCCUGGGCCCUGCUGUGUGCGCGGGCCUCCAUAAGUGAGUUGGGGGUUUUGUGGGGCGUGGUUUUUGGAUUUGAAAGCCGCCAUCGUGGUUUCCCCAAGAAGCCCUCUAUCUGAAACGGAUUUCCUUUUUUAAGAAAAGGUCAGCGCCGUUGAUUUCAACGGGGGUCACGUCCCAGUGAACGUGUUUAUUUAUUAGCAACACUGAUACACAGCUUAAUUUUUUAAAAUAAAAAAAACCCUGGCUGUAAGCGGUUUUAGGGUCUGUGUUAGGGUCUGCAGAUCUGAAAUCCACGCAUUUCGUAUGUUAACGAAGUCCUGAGCUUGUGAAUCGAACCGUUAACCCCUUCCGGACUCCUAUUUAUUUGGGGGGGUGUAAAAUAGCGGGUUGUCAAAUUUUUAAACGUCAAUUUUAGAUAGAAUUACAAUUGCAAAUCCCCGAAACGCUUAGGUCCGGCCAGGGCGAGUUUGCUCGACGUAGUUCUGCGCUGAUCCCUGCUGCUCUAGAACUUGAUUUCGCCCAUCUACAUUGUAGAAAAAUAAGCCACGAUUCUAUUAUCCGAGAACCCCUUGUCUUCCCUAGUUCCUUUGGCGGUGGGUCACUCCAAAGCGGUUUUCUUUGCUUCUUCAUUUUGACUGAUUUUAGUAGAGUUGAUUACGAAGCAAGAUUCUCUAGGGAGGUCUUCUAAAAAUCGUGCUUGCGCGUUUGAGAAUCUGCUGAAUUAUUUUUAAGUGGAACAACGAGGGAAAAAUUAAGGCUUACCGGUAAUUCCUAAACAUGUACUGGGGAGUAAGUCCCGUUUAACUUACUUGGACUCGGUUCCGAGUAAAGGCAAAAAAUGCUCGCUGAAAGUGGUGGGAAAAAUUACUGGAUAUCGUUCCUGUCUAUAUUUUAAAUUCUCUCACAUGUAUACUGUCCUUACAUUUUAGCCCAAACCGUUUUAAAAUUCUGAACGCCUCUACCAGAGGUGGGGAAAGGGAAAGGUUAAAAGGGGGCAAAACAAACCGAUCUAAUUUUUUUAAGACAGGCUUCUAGUCCCUGGUAAGGGCGAGUGGUCCGGUUUAUUUUAACGACUCCUUAAAACCGGUGGUGUUUCAAGCUGGAGUUUCUCAAGUUAACGUGUUUGUUUUUCAAGCUUCAUUUAAGGCCAAACGCGAAAAAACACCGGGGCGGGAGGUUAAUAGGGUUCACCUCCUGUUAAACUAUCAGCUCAGGGCCUGACACAAUAUUGCGCUCCGGGUCUGGGGGUGUGUGGUUUGGUUUUUCCCCGAACGACUCCGAAGUCGUCCCAGUCCCCACCAGACGGGACAAGUAGGCACCGUUAAGCAGAGAUGCCCGCACGUUUUCUACAAAGAGCACGUUUGGUUCGGAGCCGGCCAGAGAAUCUCUCUCUCCCAAGCGCAGACGGGGGGCGGGCAGAGAAAUGUUAGGGGGAAGGCUCGUGAAACGUCGGGAACAGAAAGGACAGCUGUCCCAAUCCGCAAUGGAGAUUUCUCCCUGCCUCCCUCUCCUUCUCUGCCUCUCUGUUCCAACGGAGCCUGUGCUUCUUCCCCCUGUAAAGGGAAGCAGCUCCCGGACGGGGUGGCCAGUAUUCUGUUGCAGCGAGCAAACGAGCCUGCACCCCUGCGCCUCUUUGCCUGGGAGUAAACGCCCGUUGAACUCCCCUUGCCUGGGGAGCUGCUGAAGAUCUGCGUGCCCCGAGGGAAGGCAGGAGCAAGAAAACCUACGCACCAGGGAGGCCACAGACCAGCAGUACGCAGCUGGCAGGAGAGGACUCUUGUCCGCCUUCGUUUAAGAUAAUCCAUUUGUUUUAGUAUUUAAAUUGUAAACCGCCUUGGGUGUCUUGGCAGAGAAGGCGGUAUACAAAUCCAAUAAGUAAUUUAAAUAUACAACCCAGCUCCAUGCGUCUUGCGGACUGGGUUCUCGCAGAAGUUUAUGCCGCAGUAAACCAGUCCAUCCUUUUAAAAGGUCGCUUCCAGGCGGGUUUUUGUUUCGUGAGCAUUCAGCCCGACUUGUUUUGGGGAGGGGGAGGUUAGACGACGUAGCAGGCCUAUUUCACGAGCAAGUCAUUCUGCUCUGUGGCAGGGAGGAGGAGAGAUUAGACGACGUUGUGCCCAGCAAGUGCUAUUCUGCACUGUCCUUAUUUUUCAGAACAUACCAGUGUUCCCUGAAAGGGACCCAGUUUAACAAACCUGCUCAGAUAUCUUCUUCAUAUGGUGGUACAACUUUUUUUUUUUGGUGUAUGUGUGUCGGGGAAUCGCCCCUGACAUCUCUGAUUAGAAGCAAGAGAAACGGACAGCUAAGCGUGUCUCUUUAUCACAAGCUGCUAAGUUUACUGGUGCCGCAUAAGUCCCGCACUGUGACAUAUUCUCUAAGAGGAGCUACGUACUGAGGCUACAGUUCUAUACAACGGGGAGUAAGACCCAACGAACUCAACAGGGCUGAGUAGAUAUAUAUUCGACUGCGCUGUUGAUGGGACGGAUUGUGGCCAUCCUUACCCAACUUUUAUCUUUCCGGCCCCUUGCAGAUCGAGCCUCUGCAUACUUACUUGGGAGUAAAUACCACUCUAUUGCAAUAGGUGUUGUCCUUAGAGAUGAAGCCCUAGAGUUUCUGAAUUGUUUAAGUACAGAAUCUUAGGACUGUAGAGCUGCAAGGGACCACGCGGGUCAUCUAGUCCAACCCCCUGCGAUUCCCGAAUCUUUUGUCUAAGGCGAGGCUCGAACCCACGACCCUGAGAUGAAGAGCCUCUUGCUGUACCCGCUGAGCUAACCCAGCCAUCCCCAGAAAGCUGGUCUGAUAUAAAAUUCAUUAUAUAUUUUUCGGAGUGGGGCCUCCUGCACAUUUGAUUUCAGAAGCCCCAUCCUAUCCGUUUUCUUAGACACCCAAUUUAUUUCGGGUGGGAUUUGCUCCCAAACAAGUUUGCUCGGAGUUGACACCUACUUUGUCCUCCCAUCAGCUUAGCAGUUAAACAUUUUAGCUGGGGGGUCCUGACCGAUUUCAAGGGGGGGUUUAUUUCCCAGUGGGGUGGGGGGAAGCGAUCCAGAGAAUUGAAUGCUGCGCUCUUAGCUGUGUGAGCAGAAGCCGGCUGGUGCUUUCGGAAAAGGCUCCCGCCCGCCUUGGUCUCUGCCUGGAUUGCGCGCAAGGCGCCUAAGGAUUUAUUUUUAAUUUAUAUCCCACUUUUUUCCCCAGGGAGCUCAAGGUGACCUACCUGCUUCUGUCCCUCCUUGUUUAAUCUCCGCAAUAGCCCUGUGAGGUAGGUUAGGGUGAGAGAGCGUGACUUGCCCAAGGUCACCCAGUGAGCUUCAUGGCCCAGUGGGGAUUUGAACCCUGGUCUUCCAGAUACGAGUCCACACUCUAACCACUAGGCCACAUUGGCUCAGAAAGCCCGAGGCUGCUUAUGCGCACACCAUGCAUUUUAAAACACAUUCUUCCAAAAGAUCCUGGGAACUGUAAUUGGCCCCAUAUAGAGCUACAGUUAUAGGGACGUGGGUGGCGCUGUGGGUUAAACCACAGAGCCUAGGACUUGCUGAUCAGAAGGUCGGUGGUUCGGAUCCCCCCAAUGGGGUGAGCUCCUGUUGCUCGGUCCCUGCUCCUGCCAAGCUAGCAGUUGGAAAGCGCAUCAAAGUGCAAGUAGAUAAAUAGGUACCUCUCCGGCGGGAAGGUAAACGGCGUUUCCAUGUGCUGCUCUGGUUGGCCAGAAGCGGCUUAGUCAUGCAGGCCACAUGACCCAGAAGCUGUAAGCUGGCUCCCUUGGCCAAUAAAGCGAGAUGAGAACCGCAACCCCAGAGUCGGUCACGACUGGACCUAAUUGUCAGGGGUCUCUUUACCUUUAGAGCUACAGUUCCCAGCACCCUUAACAAACUGCAGUUCGCAUUAUUCUUUUGUUGUGGGGGCGGGAGAGCCUUGCGCUUCAAACUUGUGGGGUGUACUCAGUCUAAGCUCCAGGCUGAGCUUCUGAGAAACGUGUAUGUCCAAAUCACAUCCCGCCCCCUCAGCUGGGAAAAGUUUGGUCACCUGGGAAAGUGGCUCGCCUGGGGAACCUGCCUCCAGCCUUGUGAUGCUGGGUCCUUCCUCGGCUGAUCUCCUCAAGCUCUUCUGAGCCAAGCUAGGCAUAGACACGGAGGAAACUGCUCUAUAGGGAUUCAGACCAUUCUUCCACCUAGCUCAGCGUUGUCAACAAUGACUGGUAGCCGUGGUUUCAGACCCACGUGAAGGUGCCAGGAUUGAACGUGGGACCUUGUGCAUGCGAAGCAGACCCUGUACCACAGUCCUGUGGCCACCCCCGUUGAAGAUGCCUGCAUUUAAGAGCCAUCAGAAUUUACUCUUAGUCUUGGACUCUUGCUCUCCUGGCUCUUAGCCAGCGCAUGGCUCAACCUUCACAUAGGAUGGAGCCUACAAGCAGAAAGACUGAGAUGCUGCUCAGACUUCUUUUCACUGUAAAGGUAAAGGGACCCCUGACCAUUAGGUCCAGUCGAGACCGACUCUGGGGUUGCGGCGCUCAUCUUGCUUUAUGGGCCGAGGGAGCCGGCGUACAGCUUCCGGGUCAUGUGGCCAGCAUGACUAAGCCGCUUCUGGCCAACCAGAGCAGUGCACGGAAACGCCGUUUACCUUCCCGCCGGAGCGGUACCUAUUUAUCUACUUGCACUUUGACGUGCUUUUGAACUGCUAGCUUGGCAGGAGCAGGGACCGAGCAACGGGAGCUCACUCCGUGGCGGGGAUUCGAACCGCCUACCUUCUGAUCGGCAAGUCCUAGGCUCUGUAGUUUAACCCACAGCGCCACCUGCGUCCCUUUUUUCUUUUCACUGUAACCACAUGAUAAAGCCUGCCUUCAGGUUACUGCUGUGGACUGAAUGUGAGUAAAACUUUAUUCUUUUAAAGAAGACUGUGUUGUUUUGUUAUUAUUCUAAGAGGGAGAUAAAGGGGGAACUUACCAGGAACAAUCCAGACCGGACAAGCCAGACCUGACUGGUUCAUUAAAGGGUUCUAAUGAAUCAUCAACUUGCUUCCAAUAAGCUGCAAAGGGAAUUUGCGCUCCUGUUUACUCACUAGCGUGAGUGAGGAGGGAUAAUAUCAAAACAAUAUAUCCUCUCCUACCUUCCUUAACAGUCCCACAGCUUUUACGCCUAGUCUCCUCUGCACACUUUCGCUGGGGUGCAAAGGUUUGGGGCUGCUGCCAGAGCCAUUGGUUGCGCUGGGGCAUUUCGCCCCCAGUAAGAGUUAAUGCCCCAUGCGAUGCUGCUAACUUCCGAGUUCUGCAUCCUGCUCAGCACGGAGUACCAGAAAACCUCGGAGACGAUAUGCCCUAACAACUGAGGGAGGGAAGAAGAAGCGUCUUACAGAGCGAUUUUCGGCGAAGUUAGCACCGUUUGUGGAGCUUAUAAAGGGGCUUCGUGGGAAAGGCUGUAGCUGAGUGUCAGAGCAUCACCAACCCUGGAGAACGGCUGCCAGUCAGUGUAGACAGUACUGAGGCAGAUGGACCAAUGAGUGUGAGUCCAUGGGAGGCAGCUUCCUGUUCGCGUAUGUAUGUCACACUCGGGCAAACUGGAACAGGACCGCCUUCUUAUGGAGCGCAAACGCUUUUCCUGCCCCGGGAAUGCGCCAAUCCACCGGAACUUCUUCCACAGUAAAUCUGUUGGCCUUUAACGUCCCACUGGGCGGCUCUUCGCUUGCUUUUGGUGCAACAGAAUCACGCUGGCACCCUUCUGCAAGCUGGGGCGCUCAUCCUGGAGAUGGGAGGGGGAAUCCUUCCCAAGCCAGGAUGCCGCGCAUAUUUGUGCAGGCUCCAGACAGCCCCCGAGGGGAAACGUGGGCGGAGAACCAACCGCUUUGCAGCAGGCUCAAGCGGCGCUGUUUCACCUGGCCGGUCCACAUCCGUUCCCAAUGUUCAAGGGUCUUAUGUUGUCCGACGUUCGCCCUAUGCAGAGUAGACCCAUUAAAACUGAAGGACUCGACUAACUUGGGUGUAUUCACUUUAAUGGGUCUACCCUGAGUGCAACUUGAGGGGGCGAAGAAGCUCCCCGCACUUAGAAGAGAAGCAUGCUGGAUGAAAGGCGAGGCAGAAUCCUUCUCCUUGGUCUGCUGGAUUUCUGCCUGCAAGGGUUUUGAAUUCAUUGCACCGCGGAGAAGCCGCCACCAGCAGCCCGAGGCGGGGUAGCCUGGGCCCUGGGAGCGGGACUUGUGCAUGUGGGACCUGAUCCGAAGCUGCUGAAUCUCGGGAGCAGCGUGCAUCCUCGGAAGAAGUAGAGGAGGGGGGUGGUACCCACGUGGGCGAAGGUCGGCCUAUUAAGAGUUCCUCAGGCUGCUUUCACUUUCCUCUUUUUGCCCCUAGAAUUGUAUUUUUUUUUUAUGGGGGGGAGGGAGGGGAGACAUCCAAAGCUCAGACAGAGAGGAAAAAAUCCAGCCCUGCUAGAAGCGAAAAUAUUUGGAUUUAUAAGUUUAAGCAGAUGUUUGCCACUCCCUCUUCCGAAGAAAGCCACACUGAAGUCAAAGGGAUUUAAGUGUCCUUUUUGGCACCGUUGCGCUUUUCUUCUCUGUGACCUGCAUCUACAUUUCCGGUGCCCCUAAAAUACCACGAAGCUGUAACAAGGGAACGGGGUGAGAAGAAACAAUGAAACACACAAUUGGAACAUUUGCAAAGCUAAACUGGGCGCUCCCCGUAUGGUUUCAGAUUGGAUGUGUGGAGUUGCCUGCAUUGCGGGGGGUUGGACUAAGAUGACCCGGGGGGGACCAACUCUGAAUGGAGACGAGAGAGAGCGUGAGAGCAGUGUAUUGGUCUGUGGGGUGGGGAAUACUUUUCCGUAGGACCAACCAAAACAUAGUUAUGAGCAAGCUUCUGGAUCUCCCAGAGCUCUUCUGUGAAGAAGUGGCGUGGGGGACUCGGAACUUUGCUCUCCAUCAUCUUUGGAUGUAAUAGUUGUUGGUCCUACAGCAACCUUACUCCCCACCGCCAAAAAAAAUGAUCCAACGCGGCUUCCUUUCAUUUCCAGUUUAUCCACUUCUAACAAACAACUUCUCUCUAUGUUGUGCAUUAAGGAACAACAUAGGAAGGCCCUUGGUUCACCUCGCGCUCUAUACAGUGGUACCUCGGGUUACAUACGCUUCAGGUUACAGUCGCUUCAGGUUACAGACUCCGCUAACCCAGAAAUAGUACCUUGGGUUAAGAACUUUGCUUCAGGAUGAGAACAGAAAUUUUCCUCCGGCAGCGCGGCAGCAGCGGGAGGCUCCAUUAGCUACAGUGGUGCUUCAGGUUAAGAACAGUUUCAGGUUAAGAACGGACCUCCAGAACGAAUUAAGUUCUUAACCCGAGGUACCACUGUAGUCUACACCAGGCUUCCUCAACCUCGCCCUCCAGAUGUUUUGAGACUACAUUUCCCAUCAUCCCUGACCACUGGUCCUGCUAGGGAUCAUGGGAAUUGUGGGCCAAAAACAUCUGGAGGACCGAGGUUGAGGAAGCCUGGUCUACACGCCCGGCUGCGGCUCUCCAAAACCCCCGACGGGUGCGCCUUCCUACCAUCCCUUUUUCUGCAGUAGAGCAUAAGACUCCAUCUCAGGGCCAUCGUGGGUUUGAGCCCCACGUCGGUCGAAACAUUCCUGCAUUGCAGGGGAGGGACUAGAUGACCCACGUGGUCCCUGCCAACUCUGCAUGCAACUCUGUGAAAUCUACCCCUGCCCCCUUAAACCGGAGAUUGAAUCAGAGCACUCACUGGCCUACUAAGCUGCGCACGCCCUCCAUGCGCUUCCAGUAGCAUGUUUACGACAGCCAGACAAGGGCUGCGCGCACACACGCCACGCGUUUAAAGCGCACAGCUCCCCCGCUCCCCAAAGGACCAUGGGAACUGUAGCUUAAGGGUGCUGUGACUCGAAGCCCUGUGGCGGGUAAACUAUACUUCCCACGAUUUCUCGUGUGUGUGUGUGAUGUAAUCUGCUUCAGAUGUAUGGUGCGUAACCAGCCGAGGAGAGCAUUUUAUAAUGCUACCCAAAGUCCCACGGGUUUUAAGCGCUCGGAACUGCCUCUUCUGACGAAUCUUUCUUCUGAUCCUCCUAACCUGUUCUUAGGGCAUUGCCAGCCUAACUAACCAACAUUACCCUGACAGGCUGGCGACGCUUACCCAAACCUUUGUCGCAACACAGGCGCUUGGAUUUAAACUCAUCUCUAAGCCCGCCACUAACGCCACUUUCUUUCCGAGAGAAGGGACGGGCUUCAAAGACUGAAUGAAUUUGUUAUUUCGGUCCCAGACCAGUUCCCGCCCACAAACAAUAUCAAGGAAGUCAUACAACACGAUAGGGAAACAUUUGAAUUUGCAAUUAGGUAUAAUUAGGUAUUGCAGGCGCAAUUAGUUUUGUCUUACACGGGCUGAAAGGUUUUCUCCCCGGUUCCAUUGAGACUUGCAUUUGCUGCCUAGGUUGUGCGUAACCACCUUCCAAACACCAGGGUGAGGAGCGCAGGUGAAGCUGCCUGGCAGAGUCACGCCAGGAAAAGGCCAACUGUCCAUUUACCCCAGAACUGCUUAGUACAGUGGUACCUCGGGUUAUAUACGCUUCAGGUUACAUACGACUCUGCUAACCCAGAAAUAGUGCUUCAGGUUAAGAACUUUGCUUCAGGAUGAGAACAGAAAUCGUGCUCCGGCCGCGCAGCAGCAGCGGGAGGCCCCAUUAGCUAAAGUGGUGCUUCAGGUUAAGAACAGUUUCAGGUUAAGUACGGACCUGCGGAACGAAUUAAGUACUUAACCCGAGGUACCACUGUAUGUUUGACAGGCAGCGGCUCUCCAGGUAGCUGGGCCUUCAAAUAAAAGGAUCCAACAACCGCUCGCACAGCGUGUGCGCUACAGCUAGGCUCCUUGGUAGACCAUCCGCUUUGCAGGCCUCUGCAGGUGGAGGAGAGACCCCGCUGCAGGUCUAAAAUCCCGGAGAGCAGCUGUCAGUCGGUGUAGGGACGAUGCUGAGCUAGGUGGCCCGAUGAUCUGACUCGCUAUGAGGCGGCUGCAGCGCAGCCGCUUCUAAUCCGUGGAUCGUUAGGGCAGCGCCCAGUCGGGUCAGAUGUGUUGGUUUGUUUUGUUUUCCCACGUACCUCGCCAUCCACCGGGUGCAGGCAGGAUCAGAAGAAACGUUUUUCUGUAACUGGCUCAUCAUCUGCGCUGUCCUUUCCUUCCCUAAUCCAGGAGGAUGUUCCCCACCUUCCAGGUGAAGAUUUUUGGGAUGGACCCUAUGGCAGACUACAUGCUCUUGAUGGACUUCGUACCGGUGGACGACAAGCGAUACCGGCAAGUACUUCUUUCCGCCCAUCUUCCCGGGUUGGAAGCAAAGAUUCUCAUUAAGGGAGCCCAAAUCGGCGCUCAGCAAACUUUGGAGUCCCGCGCAGCUCUGGGAGACUAGGGAGCGCUUGUUCAGCGCUUUGCACUAAGCGGUUUACAAGUAUAUAAAUAAACCCCAGACUCCCAAACUCCGCCGACUUUGGAGUGAGCCCCGUCGAAUUCAGUUAGGACUCGCUUCUAAAUGGAUAUGGUGGUGAGGAUGGUGUUGCAAGGUCAUUUGGGGGCAGAGUUGUGGGGCUGGAGUCGCCAAUGGUUCUUUUGGGGUUUGCUAGUGUUCAAGCUGUAGGAUGUCGUGUUUUCACGUUCUCUUAAAAUCAAAGUCUAAGGGGCGAUUGAAAAUAUUAGGAACCAAUGCAAAACAAACAAAAACCUUUUUUUUUUUAAAUCCCAAAACUGAGUUCGAUAUAAGCACUCAUAAAUCCCAGAUCAGGACAGUUUAUUUAUUUAUCUAAUGGAUUCUCAUUUGUAUGGCUUUAUUCCCUUAUAUAAACCAACCCACGAGGGAGCUCAAAAGUUGUAAAUUCACCAUUUCUCCAUGCAUCAUGUUCUAGAAUUCUUGCCCUUCCCUGGAGACGGGAAAGUAACUUUUCCGUCGUGCAGCCCGAUGCAGGCUUACUCUUCCCAGCUAAAGUGUCCCAAAGCCUACCACAGCCCGGCCCUACCCAUCUUUACUCACGAGCAAGUCCCAUUUAUAUUACUUGGGCUUUACUUCCAAGAUAAUUCACGCUUAUAAUUGCAACAUUGAAAGUAGAAGUUGAAACACACACACACACCCCACCCCUCUUUUGGACUGCCGCUCCGCUCGAGCAUAUCGUUUCAGCGACACUGACACGCCUGGGCGCAUUCCGACGUGCAAACACUUUCUUGCGUGCCAAUGCCGUGGGAAUGUGGGGAGCGGUGGCUCAGAUGAGGGAUAAGUCGCGCGGGAGGGGAGAGAGGGGAAAACGCUCCCCACGGGAUCUCUUAGCUCGGCAGAACCGGCAGCUUUGAGCCCUGCCAUUCCAAUGCGCAGGAAUGCCAAGCCCGGAUGGCGAUUACAUCCCAAUUUUACUGCCUCUUUUAUCGUGUUUUCGCUCCGAGGCCUCGGCAAUUUGUCAGCGAUUAUCUCCAAUUUUGUACUCGGUAAAAGAAUCCGCCUCACGGCCAUCCUUCCAAACGGGUUCGGUCGGUGGAAGUCGAUUUCUGGCUUGCAGGCCCUUAGGAAUCGUGGGUGGGAUCAUCGGGUUGACUGAGAACCAACCCACCCCCCUCCGCCCGACCCAUCCACCCCCAAACUCGGGAGAAUUUAAUUGGCCACAAUCUGUUGUCUGCUACAACACUCCUAUGCGUGUUUAUUCUGUAGGUUCUGCUACGUUUAGGAUCCUGCAGUCGUCUGUUGCAAUUGCUGCGUACAUCAGUCAGGAAGGAAGCAACAGCCAGCUGAAAGGGAACUGGGUGUAGAGUCUGGGAUCCUGUAGGCAGCUACUGAGGAGUAAGCCCCAUAGAGCGCAGGACUUUGGAGCAGGGCCCCAUCUAUCAGAAUCUGGUGUCCCAUAUUUCAAAGGAAGAAAACCAUCACCAUUAUCAUUUUAUUAUUUAUUAAUAGUUAAUGUACAUAUAUGGUACAUUUCUAGUCGCUCUCCAUCUUUGCACAGUUUAAUCCUGGUGUCCCGAAACUAGCACCCUUGUAAGCACCUAGUCUUCUGAGUCAGAUAAUAAUAAUGAUAAUAAUAAUCCACUUAAAGUCGUGCUAGGCUUCUCAGCAGUUCAUAAGAACCAAUGACAUAAGCAAUGAAAACAAACGAACACCCAUAAUUAAAACACACUAAAUAACAAUCCCAUUAAAAACACACCUUACCAUUGCCAACAUGGUGUCCUGCAUAUUUUUUGGACUACAUUUCCCAUCAUCUCUGACAACUGGCCAUACUGGCUUGGGCUGCUGGGGGCAGGAGUGCAACAAUAUCUGCAAGGCACCUACACUGACUACUUGCCAUCGAAAGAGGUGUGUCCUCGUAAGACAAUGUCUAAAGUGAUCUAAGUUCGCCACUGUCACUGACAUGUUGACGAGAGCAGUAGAAGGGACACAUAAGAAUGUGAAGUGGGGGAAACAGGGGAGAUUCAUUUUAGGCAACAAUAACCUCUAUCUCAGAGGUCAGCCAGUGUGGUGUAGUGGUUAAGAGCGGUAGUCUCGUAAUCUGGGGAACUGGGUUCGCGUCUCCGCUCCUCCAAAUGCAGCUGCUGGGUGACCUUGGGCCAGUCACACUUCUCUGAAGUCUCUCAGCCCCACUCACUUCACAGAGUGUUUGUUGUGGGGGAGGAAGGGAAAGGAGAAUGUUAGCCGCUUUGAGACUUCUUAAAGGGAGUGAAAGGUGGGAUAUCAAAUCCAAACGCUGCUGCUGCUUCUUCUUCUUCUUCUUCUUCUUCUUCUUCUUCUUCUUCUUCUUCUUCUUCUUUCAGUAGGGGGCUGGUCCACUGUCCCUCAGACCUUGUGGGGGACCAGACUAUAUUUUGAAGAAGAAGAAAUGAACAAAUUCCUAUGCCCCACAAAUAAUCCAGAGAUGCAUUUUAAAUAAAAGCAUGCAUUCUACUCAUGUAAAAACACCAGGCAGGCCCCACAAAUAACCCAGAGGUACAUUAAAUAAAAGGACACAUUCUACUCAUGUAAAAACACGCUAAUUCCUGGACCAUCUGCGGGCCGGAUUUAGAAGGCAUUUGGGCAAGAUCCGGCCCCUGGGCCUUAGUUUGCCUACCCAUGCUCUAUCUGUUCCCCAGUGCAAGGAUACAUCCUCCCUCCCCUUUUUCUUCCUCUGGGGAGCUGCUUAGGGAACAGCUCAGUGCUUUGCAGCCAGGAGGUCCCCAGUUCAGUCCCCGUUAUCUCUAGAUGGGGCUGGGAGAGACUCCCUGUCCAUUCCAGUGUGGCAUAGUGGUUAGAGUGUUAGACUAGGACCGGGAGGUAAAGGUAAAGGGACCCCUGACCAUUAGGUCCAGUCGUGGCCGACUCUGGGGUUGCGGUGCUCGUCUCGCUUUAUUGGCCGAGGGAGCUGGCGUACAGCUUCCGGGUCAUGUGGCCAGCAUGACUAAGCCGCUUCUGGCGAACCAAAGCAGCGCACGGAAACACAGUUUACCUUCCCGCUGGAGCAGUACCUAUUUAUCUACUUGCACUUUGAUGUGCUUUCGAACUGCUAGGUUGGCAGGAGCAGGGACCAAACAACAGGAGCUCACCCCGUCGCGGGCAUUCAAACCGCCGACCUUCUGAUUGGCAAGUCCUAAGCUCUGUGGUUUAACCCACAGCGCCACUCACUUGGAUAUGAAGCUGACUGGGUAAUCUCUGCCUCUCAGCCUAACCUACCUCAUAGGGCUGUUGUGAAGAUUAAGGAAGGAGGGAGAUAACCACAUGUGCCAGCUCCUUGGAGGAAAAUAAAAAGACAAAUAAAUAAUAACCCAGGAGAACCACUGCCAAGACUGAUGUUCUGACUUAAUAUAAGCCAGCUUACUAUAUUCCCCACCUUCACACCCAUCCUCCCCCUGUUAUAGGCUUUGACUCCCCCCCCCCAUGCCUAGGGUUUUCAAAGACCCAGUGAAAGGAGCAUUUAUGCAUUUUGCUCCAGGUCCGAGGCGCCUGGCAGAAAAACAAAAAAACCUGCUCCUAUGAAAUCCCGAUGCCAAAGAUGUAAAUAUUUAGACAGAUCUCCAGCUUCCCAGGGCAUUUCAGAAAUGUUUGCUUGUCAAAGGCAACGGGAUAUAGAACAUCUAAUUGAGGAUAUCUCUCUUUUUUCUCCCUUUCUCUCCCCCCCACCCUCUCCUUCCCCUCCAUUUUUUUUGGCAAGUGAUGGUUCUGCUCAACUCCGAGGCGAGAAGAUUCUCCCUCUGAGCCAAAGCAGACUUUUAAAUAAACAAUCACAAAAAGAGAAUGGCACUCUCUUGGCACUCUCUUGAAUCAAUGUGGACUUUGGGGAAUUAAAAACACACACCGAAAGAACAAAUCGGUGGCAGGUUUUGCUGGAAACCUGCUUUCAGACUGCACUGAUUUGAGAGAAGUUUCCACUGAACUCAGUGGGCCUUACUUCUGAGUAGACAUGCAUAGGUGUCAACAUAUUUAACUGUCCCGAUGACAUUUAAACCAAUUACUGCUUCAACAUGCUUCUCUCUUGAUUCGGGCGAGGCAUGCCAAAUGAUUCUCUAUCUUUUUUUAAUAGAAAGAUCACCUUUGCUGAGAUGGGUUGGUGCUGAUUUCAGCAUUAGAUAGAUAUUUUCGAGGCAGAAUGCCUGUAAAUAUCAGCUGCAGGGAAUCAUAAGUAGAGAGAGUUCCUGGGACAUUCGGUUCCUCUUUGCAUUUGGUUCUCCAAUGUAAGGACAGGAUGCCGGACAACAUAGGCCUUUGGCCUGUCCUAGCAGGGCUCUUGUUAUAUUCCUACUAUAUCUUCAUUGGGCCCUACUGACUCAGUGGCCUAGGAAGGACGCUGGUGGUGCUGUGGGUUAAACCAAAGGGCCUAGGACUUGCCGAUCAGAAGGUUGGCGGUUCAAAUCCCCGCGACGGGGUGAGCUCCGGGGUGAGCUCCCGUUGCUUGGUCCCUGCUCCUGCCAACCUAGCAGUUCAAAAGCACGUCAAAGUGCAAGUAGAUAAAUAGGCACCGCUCCGGCAGGAAGGUAAACGGCGUUUCCGUGCGCUGCUCUGGUUCUCCAGAAGCAGCUUAGUCAUGCUGGCCACAUGACCCGGAAGCUGUACGCCGGCUCCCUCAGCCAAUAAAGCGAGAUGAGCGCUGCAACCCCAGAGUCGGCCACGACUGGACCUCUAAUGGUCAGGGGUCCCUUUACCUUUACCUAGCAGGGCUGUUGUUAUAUUCCUACCAUAUCUCUAUUGGGCCCUAAUGACUCAGUGGCCUAGGUGUCCAGAGAUCCCUUUAGCUUGAACCAGCCGGACUCUUCUAAUGUUCUUAACUUCCUAAGCAUCUGAUCAGCUGUUCCCACCAACUUAUAGACCUCAUACUAAAAUAUUACAGCUUCUUUGCAAGCUAGUGGUUGAGAAGCUACAAGAGCAGAAAGUGAAGUUGUUCCCAUCACACAGAAGGAAAAGCAAAGCCUGACACACCCACACGUUAAAGUUCAGAAAUGAAAGGCCCUUUCUGGAAGACAUCCACUCUGACUUUGGAGCUCUUUUCUCUCAUCCCAGAUGUCCAUGCACUGCUUUUGUUUACUCUGUGGUGAAAGGAACUCUCUGCCCAUGGUCAGCGGCACCCUCUAGUUACUGUCAUUUUGCAUCUUUCAAGGCGACGUGCUGGCAAUGAGAACAAAUUCCUUGGCUGAGCAGUGGCUCAAAUGCCGCCCGGCCUCUGGCUGUGGUAGGUCUCUUUGUCUCGCUUCCAAGUUCCUUUGCCAAGGGCUCCCUAGAUUAAAGCUACAGCCCUAUACAGAUGCAAUACUUGACUGUCCCACAAUUAGUUUCCUUGUGGGUUAGGCAGAGCAGUCCAAGUUACCACUGCUGCCGCCAGAGCUCUAAAUCAUGGGAGAGGGAUCUCCAUGUCUGAUAUGAUAGCCAUGUUCAAAUAUAUAAAAGGAUGUCACAUAGAGGAGGGAGAAAGGUUGUUUUCUGCUGCUCCAGAGAAGCGGACACGGAGCAAUGGAUCCAAACUACAAGAAAGAAGAUUCCACCUAAACAUUAGGAAGAACUUCCUGACAGUAAGAGCUGUUCGACAGUGGAAUUUGCUGCCAGGGAGUGUGGUGGAGUCUCCUUCUUUGGAGGUCUUUAAGCAGAGGCUUGACAACCAUAUGUCAGGAGUGCUCUGAUGGUGUUUCCUGCUUGGCAGGGGGUUGGACUCGAUGGCCCUUGUGGUCUCUUCCAACUCUAUGAUUCUAUGUCUACUGCCCAGCCACAGCCUGAUCUGUGUGCUAGCUCUGUGUUGGUGCAGCAAUUACUCUUGCAUGGAGCCCAGUACUGGCUGGCACUGGCUGGGAUCUGGUGGAUCUUGGGCCAUCUCAGUCCUGCCCCUGCCCUGCCAACAGAGCGCCCCAUUUUGGGGCUUUCAGCUCUGGUUGGGAGGUGUUCCUUCUCCCUACUACUGUUGAAAUCAAAUAUACCUACAAGGCUGAUAUUUUGUCACCUACUCAAAAUUUUUAUGUUUCACCAAGUGCUUCGUCAGUGCUGACCACUUGUUCUGGAUUUUACGAUUUUGUUAUUUCUUCUUAUUUAAUUAAAAUUUAAUACAUUUAUUUUGCUUUAAACAAAUAGAGAUAAACAACCAAAAUUACAAAAGAAAAAUCAAUAAUAAUAAUAAUAAUGGAAAAAGCUAAAAAAACUACAAAAAAUAUCAGAGUACAUGGCAUAGAACGUAAGCCAUUAUGGGAAAGAAAAAAGAAAAAGGAAAGAAGAAUGAGGAGGGGAAAAAGGGGGGUGGGGAGAGGAAAAUAAGCCCAAACACAAGAAGGCUCAUCUAUUGUACACUUCCGUCAAGGUCACAACAGAUCAUUAUUCUAAUAAAUUCUCUCUAUCUGCAUUCCAUACCUCAUCUUGGUAUCAGGGAACAUUUCCCUAUUUUAUAAUUUCUUGUACACCACCACCAUUAUAUAUUAUAUAUUUUAUAUAUUAUAUAUUAUAUAUUAGUAGAUAGAUAGAUAGAUAGAUAGAUAGAUAGAUAGAUAGAUAGAUCAGCAGUUUAUAAACGCUAUCAUAAAUUAAACCUCACUACAGUAGAUGUGACCUGUGCCCAAAUGCAAUACUUACCUAUUACCUUGAAGUUCUGCUUGUCCCCCACAAGGCUCAAGGCGUGUGGUUUUCCUCCCUGCUCUCCAUCUUAUCCUCACAAUAACCCUUUGAGGUAGGGCUACAUUGAGAGAGAAAGAGAGAGAGAGGCUCAAGGUCACCCAGGGAGCUUCACGGCAGAGUGGGGACUUGAACCAGGGUCUUGCCUAGUAGGGUCGAACACCAUUGCACCACACUGCCUCACUUUCUAAUCAUACUGUUAAAAAUGGUACACUAUUGUUGCGCUAAUUAAAAACACCUAAAUAUUUUUGAAGUCCAUUGAGACAGGGUGAUGCUGAUUUCGACAGAGUAAAUAAACAACCCGUUCUUUAAAUUGGUUGUUUACUUAACCUAUCUGAAGAACAGGAUGCUUAUUUGAUGUAUCAAAAUCGAUGUUUUUACAAGUGUUGAAUUCGCUGUUGGCAACGUAGAUUCACAAAUGUAAAACUUAGCAUGGCGGCUAACCCACUGCUGGCUUUUCUCCCCAUACAGAUAUGCAUUUCACAGUUCCUCCUGGCUGGUGGCUGGCAAGGCAGACCCUGCAACUCCAGGGAGAGUCCAUUAUCACCCAGAUUCCCCGGCUAGGGGAGCCCAGUGGAUGAAACAGAUUGUCUCCUUUGAUAAACUCAAGCUCACUAACAAUUUAUUGGAUGACAAUGGACAUGUAAGUGUUGUCUUGGAGAGGGCGAAGCUAACUGGGAAACAUUGAACAAUAUAAUAAUGGAAUGAGUCUUGGGUGUGGGAUGGUUCUUGCAGUUGGGUGCUGAGUGGUGCUCUGUAUCUGGCACAUAUCCUGCCAGUACAAGGGGAUCUGCAACAGCUGCCUAUAAGGCCACUGAGCCAAUUUUAAGGUUCUGCUCCUUGCAUAAAGGUAAAGGUAAAGGGACUCCUGACCAUUAGGUCCAGUCAUGACCGACUCUGGGAUUGAUGCGCUCAUCUCACUUUAUUGGCCAAGGGAGCUGGCGUACAGCUUCCGGGUCAUGUGGCCAGCAUGACUAAGCCACUUCUGGCGAACCAGAGCAGUGCACGGAAACGCCGUUUACCUUCCCACUGGAGCGGUACCUAUUUAUCUACUUGCACUUUGAUGUGCUUUCAAACUGCUAGUUUGGCAGGAGCAGGGACCGAGCAACGGGAGCUCACCCCGUCACGGGGAUUCAAACCGCCGACCUUCUGAUCGACAAGUCCUAGGCUCUGUGGUUUAACCCACAGUGCCACCCGUGUCCCUGCUCCUUGCAUACAAAGCCCUAAAUGACUCUGGACCAGAAACGCCCCCCCCCCAACACAUUUUACCUUCUGCUCCUCAGCAAGUGCACUACAAUCAGCUAAUAGAACCCAGUUGGUUAUCAGCUCAUGGUAACACAAAGGUGGGCUUUUCUACUGCUGACACCAGUGUUGUAGAAACCCCUCCCUGAUGAAAUAUGAGAAGCCCCAUCAGCAUUGGCAUUCUGCUGGCCCCUAGAGACACUGCAGUUUCACAAGUCUCCCGCUGAACUGAACUUCUGAUUUUAUUGUUUACACUGUUUGCUUUUUAAAAAAACCAAAACACACCAUUGUCAUGCUUUUUAAACUGCUUGUUCGUUGCAUAUUUUACUUGAAGACAUUUUGGUGCCCAAGCAGGUUGCCUUAUUUAAUUUGCACGAGAACAACUUGCAACCCUGAAUGUAUUUAUUUGAGAGCCCAGGCCCUCCGAAAUUACGGCAGACAGAAGCAUGGUUCAAAGUGUCCUGGACUUCAGAAUGCAUAACUUUUUGAUGGGGUUGCUUCGUUCUUUAGUGGCACCCAUCAAAAAAACUAAGCUAGAAGAGAUUGCACACCCUCCAAGCCAGAUUAAUAAAAUGUUUCAAUCAAAAUCAUUGGGAUUUACUGACUCAAAUAAAGAGGCUGUGUGGUCAAAAGACCUGGUGAGAGAGAGAGAGAGAGAGAGAGAGAGAAGCUAGUACAGGUGUGUAGUACCUAUGGUCUAAUCACUGCUUCUCAGCCUAGCCUACCUCACAGGGUUGUUGUGGGAGUUAAAUGAGGAGGUGGAGAAUCAUGGGUGCCACCUGGAGCUCCUUGGAAAAAAUGUGGAAUAUUGGCAUCCGUUGACACAAUGAACAAAUAAUGUUUAGGUAUCCUGGUUCCUAAUUGUAUAGUGCUUUGUACACCAGCAUCAUCACCUUGAACUUAACCCAGUAGCUAACUGGCAGCCAGUCAGUUUUCUCAGCAGUGGCAUUGAUAUUUUGCUCCAGAUUUCUUUUUUUUCUUUUUUUUUGGGGGGGGGCACAGUGAUUUCAUAAAUAAAUCCACCCAAAUGAUUUACAUUGCACACCAGUAGACCUUGUUGAGUCUUUCUGCGGUCCAGAUGUCUCCUCAAAGUUAGGGGUGCACAGAUUGACCCCCCUCACCCCCAGUCUGCCCCCUCUGUGACAUGGUAUACUUCAGCUAGGUAAUUUGAAACUCUGUAUUUAAUGGUAUUAUUGGGGGGGAGGUAUGGACUUUUCAGAUGGGAAUGUGAAUUGCUUCACAUACUUCAAAAUAUGGUAAGAAGCCAACUCUGCUGUGCUGGGGGGUGGGUUUCCUAUCAAGCAGGGGCCCAGACGUCUGCCCCAAAGCCUUGCCCCCGAUUGGCACCGCUGUCAGUAUCCUGCGUGGGACCUUCCUUUGCCUUUCUGCUUUCCAUCUUGGUGUUGUAGAAUGACUCAGUUACGAUCUCCCUUGCUCGUUUUAUCAUCCAGAUCAUUUUGAACUCCAUGCACAGAUACCAGCCCCGCUUCCACGUGGUCUACGUGGAUCCUAGGAAAGACAGCGAGAAAUACGCGGAAGAGAACUAUAAGACUUUUGUCUUCGAGGAGACCCGCUUCACCGCAGUGACCGCCUACCAGAACCAUCGGGUGAGUAUCUGGAGUUCAUUAUUGAGACACAAACCUUCCGUCCGGUACUUCAUUUAUCAGCAAAAGAAAGAAAGAAAAGAAAAAGCACCUUUCCCAACCUUCUCUUCGAGCCACAUGAUGGAUGGAGAGCCGGAAAAGAGAAGGCAGGAGAGAGAGAGAGAGAGAGAGAGAGAGAGAGAGACAUUGUUAAGAGCAGUCAAUCAACUGAUAUUGGUUUUUUUAAAAAAAUCCCACCAGCCACAAAACAACUAUCCAUAAAGUGUUUUAAGGUGACGUGUCCCCAGUUAAAUCAGCUCAGAUGUGAUGAGACUACGCAGAUGGGAUCAAACUGGUUGAGAUGCAAAAAUUGCUUGCAGACUCCUUUGGAAGAAAUGUAUGAAAUGCUUUGCAUAAGUUGGGCUCCAAAACCAAUCUCCCCCCUCCCCCAAAAAACCCCAAGGAGGCAAACCUAAAAAGGCACUAAAGGAAAUUACAUUUGCAAGUGCUCUCCAGUUUCUCCUCCUACUAUUACUAUUGCUACUAUUACUGUUACUAUUUUAAUGUAUAUACAAAACAGGCCUCUAAGCAGAUAUUAUGCCCAGCACAUUUUGAGUAUAACAAGCUCUUCAUCCAAGGCAGUUAAAAUAAUUCAGAAAUUAUUAUUCAAUCAGUUUCAUAAAAUGAAGAGGUGUUAACAGUGCCAUGCUAUAUAUACACACAUGCAUACUACUACUAGUAGUACUACUAUUACUACUAAAAAACCUUUAUUGUCACUACACCACCUGUGUGCAGUGAAAUUAAAUGAGCCCCCCCCAUACACUCAGUCUUGUUCGCACUCAGAAGUACCGUAUUUUUCGCUCUAUAAGACGCACCAGACCACAAGACGCAUCUAGUUUUUGGAGGAGGAAAACAAGAAAAAAAAUAUUCUGAAUCUCAGAAGCCAGAACAGCAAGAAGGAUUGCUACGCAGUGAAAGCAGCAAUCCCUCUUGCUGUUCUGGCUUCUGGGAUAGCUGCGCAGCCUGCAUUCGCUCCAUAAGACGCACACACAUUUCCCCUUAUUUUUUAGGAGGGAAAAAGUGAGUCUUAUAGAGCAAAAAAUACAGUAAGUCUCCUUGAGUUCAGUGGGGCUUACUCCCAGGUAAAGUGGGUAAAAAUUAUAUAACUUGUCACUCUGCCAUUUAAAAACAUUUCUGUGCCUCUGGGCCUUCCAUACUCAGAACUGCCAAACAUCAAGGGAGCUUUGUCUGUGGUUUCUGUCGAGUGUGAAUUGCCUCUGGAGAAGGAAAAUGCAAGGGGGGGGGGGGGACACGUCUACACAACCAAUUUUUACCAGCUUCCUAUUAAUAUGUACUAGGCUUCCUAUUAUUAUUGAGUUGUAUCCUGCUCAAAGUGGAUGCAUUGAAAUUAAUGCACAUGACUAACUCACAUUUAUCCAUUUCAGUGGGUCUGCUCUGAGUUAUAACUUAGUUGGAUGGCAGUUUCUUAUUGAUUUGUUUAGAAGGUUUUUAUAUUGUUUAGCUACAGUAAUCUCUAAGCAGCAUACAAGGGAUGCAACACAAUGAAAAUGGACAGCGGUUAAAACCAUACGAUCACAAAUGGGUGCUAGAAUGAAAAAAAUCUUCAGGAGGCACUGGAAACUCAACACAGAGGGGGUCCUGUCUGACCUCAUCGAGACGGGAGUUGCAUAAAAUUGGCCGCUCGGUGCUGAAUGCACGGCUCCUCGUAGAUCCAAACCAUGGGUAGGCAAACUAAGGCCCGGGGGCCAGAUCCAGCCCAAUCGCCUCCUAAAUCCGGCCCGCAGACGGUCCGGGAAUCAGAGUGUUUUUACAUUAGUAGAAUGUGUGCUUUUCUUUAAAAUGCAUCUCUGGGUUAUUUGUGGGGCAUAGGGAUUCGUUCAUUCCCACCCCCCAAAAUAUAGUCCAGCCCCCCACAAGGUCUGAGGGACAGUGGACCGGCCCCCUGCUGAAAAAGUUUGCUGACCCUUGAUCCAAACUCUGCAUCUGAGCCAUGGGGGAGCACUAACAGCGACCCCCCUAAAGACUUCAACAAUUGGUUUAGUGGAAGGGCUAUGUAUUUUGUAAGAAAUCUGUGCCCCCUCCCCCAAAAAACUAAAAUUCCAAGGGAUCCCUAGAGAGAGGAAAUGACUAUCAAACCACAGUGUAAGUAUUCCUUGAGAAAGACAUACAGUGGUACCUCGGGUUACAUACGCUUCAGGUUACAGAUGCUUCAGGUUACAGACUCCGCUAACCCAGUAAUAGUACCUCAGGUUAAGAACUUUGCUUCAGGAUGAGAACAGAAAUCAUGUUCCGGCGGCACGGCAGCAGCAGGAGGCCCCAUUAGCCAAGUACGGACCUCCGGAACAAAUUAAGUACUUAACCCGAGGUACCACUGUAUUCAGAAGGAGGAACAGGGGCAGCUAUGCUACAAAUAAGCCCUAUGACAGGAGUUAAAAGGGGUUGGUUUCCCCCUCCCCCCCUUUUAUUUUGUAGAACUAGGGUGUUGCAGGAGGAAGAUUUAGGAUGAAUCAGAAAAAGAGCCCCCACCUUUCUAUCCAACAGCAGGUUUCUGUGAAUGGAAUUUCCUCAUGCGUCGUCUGGAUCCAACCCACAGUCUAUAAUCCAAUUGGAAAUUGUUGUUGUUGUUGUUAUAUAUUUUUUUGUCAUCUGCCCUGCACUCAGGUCCCAGGGCUGGUCACAACAAUUUAAAAUGAAACAAUUUAAAAAAAUCCUAUUCAACACAUUCACAAAAAUAGGGUGGAUCCUUUAAAAAAAAGGCAUCUCAGGUGUCAAAGGCCGAGGAAAAGAGGCGAUUUGCAGAUUAGCAAUGUGGAUUAAAAGCAAAAUGUAUAUUCCCACCCACUUCAAAGGCAGUCGUGUUUUUGACAUAGAUCUUGUUGAAGUGACCCAGUAAGCAGUAGCUAUGAAAAUAUGGCCCUAAAUAGAUUUGUGAAGCAAAAGUGGCUGUUCUAGCACACCUGGAACAUUUACUCCCCUUGGCUUGAUCCUAAAGCAAAUUAAGACGAGAAAGUCCAAAUCUAAAAUAUUGCAGUGGUAAAACUACAAUUCGUAAAGCAUAAAACAGCACUUGUUUGCUCUGGAUCAUGGAAAGAUGCAGCUAAAUCCCUAAAGCCAUAAUUUGUUAACAAAACAGAUUAAAGUCCUAAAGCAAAAUGUUCCAGCUUCUUCUGCUGUUCUGGUGGCUUUAAGACUUUGAUAUCUCUGUUUUUUUAGUCACUGCUAAUAUAGCUAUGGAUGCAUAUUUGUCUUACAUGUUUCACGUAUGUGUCAUGCUCCCUAGAUAAUCCCAUGGCUUUGAAUGGAGGUCUUUGGGAAAUAUGGCAACUGUGAAUUGCUGGAUUUCAGCUUAGAAGCACACUAGUCCAAUUUAGCAGUGAUUUAGUAAGAACAGCCGUUAAUAACUUCCAUCCACAAACCAGUAACAACAUAGCACUUGGACCCAACCAGUUCAGACAUCUCCCCAGCGCGCUCGCUUAGAUGUUGUUUCUGUUGCACACACUGUAAAUAUUUCUAGUUACAGGUAGGUAGCCGUGUUGGUCUGCCGUAGUCGAAACAAAAUACCAAAAUUCCUUCCAGUAGCACCUUAGAGACCAACUAAGUUUGUUAUUGGUGUACAUGCUCAUACCAAUAACAAACUUAGUUGGUCUCUAAGGUGCUACUGGAAGGAACUGUAAAUAUUGUUAGGAUCAGUGAUAACCUCUCUUAAACACAAAUCAAGCAAGCUGGUUUUCUGCUGUUCCGGAGAGUAGGACCUGAACCAAUGUAUUCAAAUGGCAAGAGAUUGUGACUAAACAUUAGGAAUAACUUUCUGACGAUAAGAGCUGUUUGGCAGUGGAACUGAUGGUUGUGACUGAUGGUUGUGGACUCUCCUUCACAGGAGGUUGUGAUGGCCAUCUGCCCAGGGAUUCUUUAGCUGUGAUUCCUGUGUUGCAGGGGGGUGGACUAGAUGCCCCUUGGGGUGCCUUCCAAAAUGGCAAUACAGUGGUACCUCUGGUUACAUACGCUUCAGGUUACAGCCUCCACUAACCCAGAAAUAGUGCUUCAGGUUAAGACCUUUGCUUCAGGAUGAAAACAGAAAUCGUGCUACGGCGGCACGGCGGCAGCAGGAGGCCCCAUUAGCUAAAGUGGUGCUUCAGGUUAAGAACAGUUUCAGGUUAAGAACGGACCUCCGGAACGAAUUAAGUUCUUAACCCGAGGUACCACUGUACUUUAUAGCCCCACCACCAACUCCAAGCUAAUUGCACAGACUGUGAGUUGUACCCAACUGUUCUCAGAUUAGACUCAUGAAAAUCAAUGGAUAUAAGUUGGCCAUAGCCAUGCCUAUUAUUUGCAAUGGGUCAACUCUGGGUAGGAUUAGCACUAGAUAAGACCCCAGGUCUCUUUCUUGAUAUUACAGCUCCUGAAUUCAUAAUCUUAAAAUCACAACAACAGGAAACAGCUUACACCACUGAGUUUAAUAAAACUAGACUGGGAAGAAACUUGAAUUUGGGUUUAUCAAAGUACUACUAUUGAGUCUUUCUACCUAUGAGACUGAGGAGCACUUGUAGAGGAUUUGCAGCAGCUUCAUAAUGCCCUGAUUCACAGUGUCCCCUUGCAGCGAGGGGAACCAUGAUAGAUGAGAACAGGUUUGAAACUGGAUUGUGUUUGCAGUGCAGACAAGCCCAUCACCAGAGCUAUAGAGAGAAGGAUCAGUAAUGGACUGUGAGAGCCAGUCCAUUGCUUUUUGUUCUACUCAACUUUUUCUACAGGGCUGACAGUCCUCUGGCUGAAUAAUCUGCAUUCAGCUUUUUGAGUCUCAAAGCAAGUUGCGUAGACUGCCUAGGGAGUUGCCCUCCUCCUCUUUCUGCUGCAGCAGUUCAUCUGCUAAGCCCGUCCCUUGGUUUCUGAAGGAAUUUGAUCACCCUGGGAGGCCUUGAAGUAUUAUCUCCCCCCCCCCAAGAAGCUGGCAAGGGUUCCAUGUUUUGCCUUAAAGAAAACCUCCCACAAAAAUGUCCUGAACAUCAGUGAGACAUCACAGCUUGUAUAAACCCAAGCCUCAAGCACUGUCUGAGGUACUGCAGGAAACGCACCACCAAGGUGGUACAAAUACAGUACAUAAAAAUUGGUAAGCCGAAAAACUCCUCUUGGGGGAGGUCUCUGUUUUAUCUGGACUUGCUCUGCUGAACCAUAGAACUCAAUAUGGCAUAAAACAUGAGUUGCCUUUCUGAAGUACAGACUAGAAUAUCGAUUCUGGGGUUUCUUGUGCGUGAGAUUUGUUUUUUAUAUAAAUACCAACUUCCUUGCCAAAAUAAAUAUUGAUGUGGUCCAUAAGCCGUUGGUUUAACUGAUAAUCAGCCAAUGAACACAUUAACCACCUCAAAGGUACCUUGAAUCUGAGAAUCCAUUUUAAAUGGUCAUCCCAUUCCAACCAUUAAUGGAUUAGCUGCCUGUAUUGCUUAGUUAGGAGGAGAAACUCAAGCUUCACCCAUUUUCCCUAUAUGGAAGCGUUUUCUUUGUAAAGAAAUCAGGAUGUGUAAAACAGUAUCAAGACAGUUGGGCUGAAUAUCUACUCUUUGUCACUGCAGCAUCGCACAAGGUUACAACUGAUGACACACAGUGUCCCCAUGAAUCCUGCACAUCAACACUUUGCUGACAAUCCUAAAGCGUGCUUGCCUGGGAGCAAGCCCUACUGAACACAGUGGGGCUUACUUCUGAGCAAACCUGCAGAGGAUUGCUCUGUUGUGCUGCAAUCCCAUACAUAUGAACCUUGGGGGCAAGCCUCACAGAACUUGGUGAAUCUUACUACUGAGCAGGCGUGUACAGGACCACACAGCUGGAAGUCCCUCUGAAUCCGUGGGUCCAAUCUGAUCUGCAAAUGCAACAAUUUGCCUGUGUGUGUGUGUGUGUGUGUGUGUGUGUGUGUAAACCUGUAUUGCUGCUGAUAGUCUUUUUGUUUAUGACUCGAUUCUAAGAAACAAGAGUAGUAUUAUUCAUACUGCUAAAGAAUAUGGAACUCUGGGCCUGUAAUUUUUCAUUUCCCCCACUAAAAAUAAUAAGAUCAGAAGUGAAGCAGGCGGGGGGUGGGAAGAGGGGGAGAGGUUCCGCAAUUGCUGUUCUGACAACAUCUGAAAAUAACCUUCAUGGGAGCCAAGUGCGGUGCCUUUAAGAGACUUCUCUGCCCCCCACCUCCCGACUGGCAUUUAUCUGAUGGCUUGGGACAGCUGCUCCUUCUCUUCUGCUUUCUAUCAGUUUGACCUCUAAGGCUGGAACUGUCACUGAGGGGCUUAAAGUUUGUUUUUCAACCCAUUCCGGAAACUCACAAUCACAUACUUUAUCCUUGGAUUCGCUUAAAUAUGGGGGGUGGGUGGAAGGGGGGGGGGAGAGAAUGCCCUGUCUUUCUCCCUGGUGAAUGAAACAAAUACAGAAUUGGUCUUGUGGUGAUGGGAUGGUUUGGCAGAGGAGGGAGGUGGGGGGAGGCAUAUGAAGUGACGUCUUCUUUCAAGUUUAUUUGCAUUUCAGACAGAUCAAUGUAUGUUGGGGGUGGGGGUGGCUCUGCCUUUCCCUGGUGCCCCAAAUUAGCGUUAGCACAGAGUACAAUUUUGCAUUUGGGAGCAGCCAUGUGGUUGAACGUCCAAGGCAUAGAGGGAGAGAGAGAAUUUGCCUGUAACCAUUUUCGAAACAUCCCUGGUGCCACGACCAAAAAGGGGACCCAGUAUUAAGGAUGGGGGAGAAAUGUGAUUCGGUUCACAUUAAUUAUGACACGCACACACAAGAAAAAUGAAUCAAGUACGUAUAGCUCAGAAGAAUAUAUUACAAUAAGAAAACAAGGAUUUAUUGCAACACAUGACAGAAUCUGAUUCCCUUGCAUUAUUUCGAUCUGUGUUUGUAUGAUACUCCAUAUUUCUGCUGCGGUUGUUCUUCCUUCCUUCCUUCCUUCUUCUUCUACCUCAUGUCAAAUUCUUUUUUUAAAAAGAAACAACAACUCAUUUUUUCCUGUGUUCCUGCUUUGCUGGUGCCCAUAUCACAUGCAUAGACUGCUUAUUGGGUAAUCCAGCACUGUACAUUCCCCUCCCAAUCCUGGACAGGCGGACAGACAGACAGACACACACACACACACACACACACACACACACACACCACAGACAUGCUGUACUUGGUGUGCUGUACAUCUCUAGGCUGCAGCAAUACAGCCAUAACUAAAAGUGUUUAAAUCCCAUUAGUUGGAGCAAGAUGCAUAUGUGCUCAACUCUCUGGCAUGAAACCCAAUGUGGAUUUCAAGUGCUUAAUGUGCCCUGUGCAUACCUGACUGGGGUGGAUCCUAUUCAGUGUUCUCUCUUAAAAGGUACAAAAAUCUUUUAUUUAUUUAUAAGAAGGAAAACCAUGCUAUGAUCAAAAUGUGCUCAGAAUAAAGGGAGCUGCAAAUAAACGAACCCUAUGUACUUUCUGAGUGUUAGUUCUUUGAGCAGGUUUUGUGCCCAGCAUUCAGCCAGUUUCACUGAGGGAGCUGACAGUGGCUCAUAAAUAGCUUUGCAUACAGAAGGUCCCCGGGUCAAUUCCUUGCAUAUUCAGUGUAAAACAGAAGUGGGGAACCUAUGAUCCUACUGAGGAUGCUGGUAUGGACUACAACUCCCAUCAUCCCUGAUCAUUGACCAUGCUAGAUUGGGCUGAUGGAAACUGGAGUCCAACAUGUUCUUCAUCAUUGACUUUAUGGUGUGGCAUGCUUUGGAACAAUUGAUAUAGGAUAAAACAGAGCAACUUGCCCUCUUGAGGGCCUGGGGAUUCCACCCUCUUGGUUAGUGUGACAUUGUUGUUCCUUAAUGGCCCUUGACGUCUUUACUUUCCUUGAACCUCUCUCUUCAGAUAACCCAGCUAAAGAUUGCCAGCAACCCUUUUGCAAAAGGAUUCCGGGACUGUGAUCCAGAAGACUGGUAAGGAUGUUUUUCUUCCCUUCCUCUGCUAAGGUCCAGGUUCAUCCUAGGUUUGGAUUCAAACAUGUCCCUGGUGUAGAGAGCAAGGGAAGAUGGAGCUGGAGUCCAUUUGGGGCGCUACCUCAACUUCAAGGGAAAUCGGGGGUGCUGAGAUUUGGGAAGCCUUAUUUAGAUUGUGUCUUGGAGAAUUGGGUUGGUUGCUUGGCUGGCUGGCUGGCUGGCUGGAUUGAUUAUUCACAUAACGUCUUGCUGUGUAUUCAUUAUUCAGAGCCCAUUAUUCCUUUGAAAAGUCUAAACUCUGUCCACUCUUUUCCCACAUUAGGCCCAGGAAUCACCGGCCUGGAGCCCUGCCUCUCAUGAGUGCUUUUGCCAGAUCUAGAAAUCCAGUAUCUUCCCCUGUGCACCAGAAUGGGACCGAGAAAGGUGAGUCUUCGUCACAAUGGUAGGAAACCUCCUGCAUUCAGGGCAGCUGUGGCUUGUUAUGGUAGAUUUAAAAACUCAACCUAAGAACAGAGAAGGUCCAUAGCUGAGUAGCAGGCUGACAGCUUUGUAUGCAGAAGGUCCAACCAGGUAGAUCUGGGAGCAUCCACCUCACAGGAGCACAGGAAGCUGCCUUACAAUGAGCCAAACCAUUGGUCCAUCGAGCUCAGAAUUAAUACACUGCCUGGCAGUGGGUCUCUCCCAGCCCUACCUAGAGAUGCAAUGGAUUGAGUCUGGGACAGGUCAGACUAUUUGUCCAUCUAGAUGAGAGACAAGCUGUGAAGCUUUGUGUAUUCAGCAAAUAUGAUGUCCAACACUGAACAGUGAUUCCGGAUAUUGACUAUUGUUUCGUAGAAUUCACAGCUUGUCUUUCAUCAUACAAAGUCUGGUACCUCGCUUAAUUUAAAGAUUUUCAGAGACUUUGAGACUAAAGGUUUCAUUUUGUACUUGUUAUGGUUUGAAGGAAUUCUAUAAAGAUUAUCUAUUGCAUAUGCACAUGGUCAUCGUGUUGCCUAGACAUUGCUGACCCCCGCAGACAUGGCACCCGGGGCACACCGCCCUAUCCCCCACCCCCGUUGCAACGCCACUGGCUCCAUCACUGAGCUUUGGCCCUUCCCCAGAUUCCCAACUGCCCACAGCAGAGGCAAAUGUGCGCCCCUACAUGGAGAAGAGUUUGGAUUUGAUACCCCGUGAAAUAUACUCAGAGUCGCAAAGUGAUUUCAUGCUCUUUAUUCAGCUCAUAGUGGUGAGGAGGAAUGAAAUCACUUUGCGACUCUGAGUAUAUUUCACUGGCGACGAAGGUGGGAUGCACAUGAUUGGCUAAUUCUGGAAUUCUACUGUAAGCCAAUCAGGUUGUGGAUUCACUUCUAUCUGGAGCAGGAUUGGGUGGUUCCUGCCAACCAAUCAUACUGCUGCAUUGUUCUAGGACCAAUCAGACUGCUGCAUUCUGAAUCCUAUUGUUCUAGGACCAAUCAGACUGCUGCCUUUUGGAUCCUAUUGUUCUAGGACCAAUCAGACUGCUACAGUUUGGAUCCUAUUCAACUCAGUACAUAACACCCCGCUUUAUCACUACCCGAAGGAGUCUCAAAGCGACUAACCGUCUCCUUUCCCUUCCUCCCCCACAACAAACACUCUGUGAGGUGAGUGGGGCUGAGAGACUUCAGAGAAGUGUGACUAGCCCAAGGUCACCCAGCAGCUGCAUGUGGAGGAGCGGGGAAGAGAACCCGGUUCUCCAGAUUACGAAUCUACCGCUCUUAACCACUACACCACACUGGCUCUACAGUCAAUACAGUCAAUACAGCCAAUACAGUCAAAAGCCAGUGUACAGACUGGCCCCAGAGAGGCUAGGGAUUAAACCUGGCAUCUUCUGCAGGCAAAGCAUAUGCUCUUCCUCUGAGCUGUGACCCUUCCCCACAUGGAAAAAGAGGAUAUCUCACUCUUCCUAAUGAUAGGGCCAAUAAUGGGUAAAUGUGGGAAGAGUCGUUCAAGCGCCACAAGUCACUUCGUUGGAACAAGGGACAGCCUUAGUAAGAGUUAGGGAUUCCACCCUCCACACGAAGCUCUAAGUGUGCGCUUGGCUUUAAGUGGUGUGAUGCAAAGGAGCCUUAAAUUAGAUGUGAUUAGCAGCCAGAUCCACUGACUAGUCGAGGCACAGUGCCUGGAGAUUUGCCAGUCUGGUUUAUAGUCUUACAAGAAAAACAUCUUGCUCACAAAAGAGAAAGCGUCUGAGUUACUAGCAGAGCUGCAGCGGGAGGAAGCUUCUACUUCUUUAUUUCCCUUCUGCAAGCUGAUCUGGUUAUUCUUCUGGGGUUUUGCUGCUAAUGCCCACGGCUGCAGAAACCACCCCAAGCACUUACUUGCUCAGGUGGCAAACUUCACAAUAGGCUGUUUAUCCUAUUUAAGCAAGUGGGGCUCACUGCCUCUUCCUCAAUCCAGUAGUUUCUAUCCAGUGGCCUCAAUGCGCCUGAGAAAAACAGGUUUCCACAAGCAAAGCUUUCUGUAUUAGGUGCACAGAAUUCUUCUGCUCUGCAGGGAUGAGAGACCACUAUCAAAAAAUGCUGUAAAGGGGAACCAGGCUCCUGAGCAGGAGGUGAAUGAAUCUGGAUCACACCCUCCCUCCACCUGCCUUCUGGAGUCCCAUUCCAAAUUGCCCUCCCUCACUCCAGCCUCUGCGAUUUACGCUUUAAAAGCCAGCCACAGAGUUGCCAAUUGCAUGGAGGGCCUCGUGCAUUUAGUUUGAGCCUUUGGGGAGAAUGACUCAAAGACCUGCUGAAUUGCAAUUUAAAGGGGGAGGUCUGGGAGGGCACCCGAACACAUAACCCAUACGGCCCCGGGAUUCUAGUGGUUGAUAUAUUGUCCCUGUGUGCCUGAGCAAAACAUUUCAGAGUUCCCUUUAAGUACAGAACUAUGGAAUGCCCUGCAAACAGAGACUCUGCAGGCACCUUCAAAUGCCUACAAAUAACCUUUUUGCUAUUCCACCUUAGACUUAUGCAGACAGUUAAGAGCACAUCUUAAUUCCAUGAUAGUUAGCUGAAUGAUAGUUGGUCUCUAAUUUUAAAUUUGUUGUGCAUUUUCAUUAUACAUAGAUAUCAUCGUAAACUGCUUUGAGGUUUUCUUAUGAUAUAAUAAAUAAUGUCAACGAUCCUAUCAAUUUCAGACAGAGUCCAGAGGGUGGGGUAUUGUGGUUUUUUAAAUAUUUAUAUCGGGAAUGAUGAAUACUUUAAUCUGGAGCCAAUUGCGACUGUGUUAUUUGCACCGUGUAAGGCCUUAACAGGGCAAUCCAAGGAACGGCAGUUCAGAAGUCUGGGAUUUUCAUUUACCUGGGGGCAAAUCCCACUGAACCCGAUAAAGCUUACUUCUGAGUAGGCAUGUACAGGAUACAGUGCAACUAUCUGAAUUUGGGUGGAUUUGAUUUUGGCUAUUAAUUAGUAUUUUUUUUAAAAAAAAUGUGCAUAGAGCAAAUUUGUUGGUUUGAUAUUAUUAUUUAUUAGAUGCAUGUAACCACCCAUUGAUAAAUGUUCCCUGCGUAGUUGACAAAGAAAAUAAUGUCAACAGUUUUAUGUAAAGGAUUAGUGCAAUGCCAUCAUUAUUUUCAUAAACCUACAAUGAUGCCCGAAGAAACAAUUGUUCAUUCAAAAACGAGAAUCUGAAGUUUGAUUGAACCAAAUCACAUAUUUUAACAACAUGUCAUAUAUAUUCUCGAAUACAAAGCAAAAAAGUUAGUAUUAUGUCAUCAAAUGACAAACACAGCAAAACCAAAUCUAAUCAAAACUUAACAUCUAACAAUAUAAAUAUUUAAUGGUAAAGUAUAAACACAUAUUUAAUUGUGAAACUGAAGGAUGUUGCUCAAAGGCAGACUCUGUUUCCGUGCAGACUAUACAUGUAUACUCCAAAUAAAGCCCAUUGAAUUCAAUGGAAUAUUAUCAGAUAAGUAUGCAUAGAAGUGCAUAAGCAACUCAACUAAUGGCAAGGAGACUCGUGGCAUGUUAAAGAGGAACAGAAGUCGUUAUGGCAUUAACUUUCAUGGGCUAGAGUCUACUUCAUUGGAUGCAGGUGAAAAUAUAUGUCUGUUUGUCCGUAUACAUAAACACAUACUGUCCUGCAUCCAAUAUAUAAAGAUAAGAACAUUUACUGGCAUCUAUUGAUUUUUGGCCCCUCCAAUUUUAUUUCUUAAAUUUGCAGACCAAUCCUAUGUGUGUGUACCCACAAGUAAGUCCUUCUGUGUUCAAUGGGACCUACUUCCAAGUAAGUAUCUACAGCUUGCAGCUGUGCAACCUGAUUCUAUGCAUAUUUUACUCAGAAUUAAGUCCCAUUAUACUUAGUGGAAGGGACGCGGGUGGCACUGUGGUCUAAAACACAGAGCCUAGGGCUUGCUGAUCGGAAGGUCAGCGGUUCGAAUCCCUGUGACGGGGUGAGCUCCCGUUGUUCGAUCCCAGCUCCUGCCCAUCUAGCAGUUCAAAAGCACAUCAAGUGCAAGUAGAUAAAUAGGUACCACUCCGGCGGGAAGGUAAACGGCGUUUCUAUGCGCUGCUCUGGUUCGCCAGAAACGGCUUAGUCAUGCUGGCCACAUGACCUGGAAGCUGUCUGCGGACAAACGCCGGCUCCCUCGGCCUAUAAAGUGAGAUGAGUGCCGCAACCCCAGAGUCGUUCGCGACUGGACCUAACGGUCAGAGGUACCUUUACCUUUAUACCUAGUGGGGCUUACUUCCCAGUAAGAGUGCACAGGAUUGCAGCCUUAGGGGUUUUUUCUUUUCUGAUUUGCCUUGACUUUUCAAAAGCUGCACCAGCUUUUUCAUUUACCGCUGCACCCCAGACUCUUUUGCCCCAUUUCUUUAAUUAGGGCAAAAGCUUCUUUGCGGCCGCCUCUGUCCUCAGAUAUAGGGACGCGGGUGGUGCUGUGGGUUAAACCACUGAGCCUAGGACUUGCUGAUCAGAAGGUCAGCGGUUUGAAUCCCCGCAACAGGGUGAGCUCCCGUUGCUCGGUCCCUGCUCCUGCCAACCUAGCAGUUCAAAAGCACGUCAAAGUGCAAGUAGAUAAAUAGGUACCGCUCCGGCGAGAAGGUAAAUGGCGUUUCCGUGAGCUGCUCUGGUUUGCCAGAAGCGGCUUAGUCAUGCUGGUCACAUGACCCGGCCAAUAAAGCGAGAUGAGCGCCGCAACUCCAGAGUUGGCCAUGACUGGACCUAAUGGUCAGGGGUCCCUUUACCUUUACCUUUCCUUAGAUGCAUUAUAUAAAAUUAUAUAGUGUAUUAGCAUGCACACACACUUCAGUUUUGAAAUGUUCAAAAAUAAUUAUAAGGAUAAACAUAAAUCCCAGGGAAACAACAUAAACCAGAGGAUAGAAUAUUUGUUUUACUUCCAGAUUGCCUGCCUAUGAUGCUGAAACUUAAAAUUAGUUAGGGAUUUGUUUUGUUUGGCUUCUCUUUAACCUCUGAGGCUUUCACUCUCCUCAACAAUCACCUGAGCAGAGCAUUUUCCAUGUUCCUCUUCUUGUUCUUUAAACCAAAAGAGAAGGAGCAAGAAAACACAACCGCCAGUAGGUGUGUUUAGCCUCUUGCAGGACCCCCCUAGCAAACCCAUUAGGCACCUCUAUUUGAUUCCUUUUCCAUUACCCAGAGUAAACAGUUGCACAGAGAAUCUUGGGGGGUGGGGGCCUUUCCUCCCUCCCCCCAGCACACUCCAGGCCUAUUAAAAUAAAGAGAAGUCUCUAUUUGUUUAGUGUUAUACAAUUGCAAAAAUUUCAAGCGUGUGCAAACUUGUCACUCAACUCAGCUCUAUUUAUCACAGUCAGAAUGCCUUGUCCCAGGAGCACAGAUUUCUGCUGAACACAAUGUUAAACACUUCAUUUGAGCGGGGUGGGGGGUGGAAGCUGCUAUCCCUGGCAUUCCUCCUCUCCCUUCUGUUAACUUAAGAUCAUUGAGCUAAGAAAAAACAACAACGUACACACACACACACACACAAAAAGGGCUGUCCUUUUGUUUAAGAAACGUGGUCGCACGGAACAGAGCAGCGUCUCAGUAGGUGUAGGUGUGCAGAAGCUAUUUCUAAAGCUUCACCCAAGAGCUUAGUAGAACAUGCAAAGCAAUCAAUCAAAAUCUCAAUCUCCUCCUUUAAUCAUCCAGAAAUAAUAACUGCACUCCUUGGUUCAGAACCCUCCUCUCCCCCAAGCCUCUACAAAACAGGUGGUCACAAUCUCUGGUUUAGCACUGUGUCCAAACCAGGAAGGUCCCACGGCUCCCAGUGGGAGACCACCUGCGUUACAGGCAGAAGGCUCCAGGUAGGAUUGGGAAUUCCCCUGCCUGAAACCCUGGAAAGCUGCUGCCAGUCCGUGUAGACAGUACUGAGCUAGAGGGACCGAUUGGGGCUGCUCAGCGUGAGGUAGCUUCCCACAUUCCUUCGGUAGUGGUUUGUUUUCCUCCAGCAAACCAUGGCCAGUAGCAAACCGCUUCUGUUUGUAAAAUCGCAUCUUAUUCUCAAUCUCUCCACCGCACUCCAUUUAGCACUGGGGACAGGGCAUGUCUCUGGGGUGACUUGGUGUGCUUUGAGUGUCUGGGCCCACAGCUCCAAGAAAAGGAGUGGGACCAUAGGUUGGCAUUGUUAGGUGCUUGCAGAGGUCCCACUGCCCAGUGAAGGGGCUGCUGCCAUUCGAUGUAGUCUCUUCCUUUCUGACGUGGCCUGUUUAUGUGUCCCCUCUAAGCAAGCAAGGAGCGAUCAAUGUGGGAAUAUGUAGGAGACUCCUUCUCAUGUAUUGUCUCUUCCUUCCAAGUCAGGGGUGAUGGAGGUUAUGCUCCACCUUCACAGCUGGAGGCAAUGUACUUCCAAAUACCAGUUGCUAGAAACCACAGGAGGCUGGGGAAAGUCUCACUUGUGGGUUUCUGGUGAACAUCUGGUUGGCCACUGUGAGAACAGGAUGCUGGACUAGAUGGGCCACACUGGCCUGAUCCACCAGAACUGCUCUUACAUUCUUAAGGAUAUUAGGCAAAUCAAUGGCUAUCAAUGGCUGCUCACCAUGAUGGCUAUGUUCUACAUGUGUUCAGCUUGUUCUAUGUUCAGCUUGAUCUGGCAGGACUCCUCUUCUGGUGUCAAAACGGCCUAGAAGCCAAAGCACCUGGGGCAACCAUAUACCUUAUUUUCUAAUGACGUUGCUUGACAAAAGGUCAGAAUUGGGUGCCUCCACCAUAUUGUACACCCUUUCUCUACCACUUGCUGGUAACCACAGGCAUCUUGUGCUUGCUGCUUUCCCAUCUGGUUGGCCACUGUGAGAACAGGACGCCAGAUUGGAUGGGCUGCUGCCCUGAUCCAGUAGGUUAUGUUCUUAUCUGUAAAGGCGCAUGUUUGGGUUACCUGGCUUCACUCUGGAGUGAUGGGUCCCCUCUCUAGAGGUUAGAUGGACACCUGGAGGUGACCUGGAGUUUCCAAGCUCCCUGCUAGCCAACUGACUCUUGUGCUUUUCUCCCCCCCUUCCUCUUUGGCGCCCCCUGCAGAUGUGGCGGAGAGUCGUCGGGAAUACGAGAGGGAUGCAGCCAGCGGGACGCCACUCCACGCAGAUCCUGCUCACCAGCAGCUCAUGUCCCGAGUGUUGAGCCCGGCGCUCCCUGUGCCUGGUGGAGGGGGUCUGGUCCCCCUCACCAGCCCAGCAGGGAGCCGGCCCAGCCCCCCACACCACGAACUGCGGCUGGAGCCAUCCACUUCGGAGCCCCUCCACCACCACCCCUACAAGCACCCGGUCUCUGCCUACGACCAUUACCUGGGGGCAAAGAGCAGGCCAGCCCCCUACCCUUUGCCCAGCAUCCGGGGACACAGUUACCACCACCACCACCACCACAUGAAUUCGGCGGCUGCCGCUGCAGCGGCUGCCGCUGCAGCCAACAUGUAUUCCACUGCCGGAGCUCCCACCAGCUAUGACUAUGGACCAAGAUAACCUUUGAGACGCAAGGUCCUCUAGCUUAUAUGACUGGCUAUCUGCAUGGGUUUGAACGGCUCAGUAGCAUACGUUUUCAGAGAGCACUAUCUUGUCGAAAGAACAUCCCCUUGUCUCACCUCCCCGCAAAAAACCAACAACCCUUUCCUGUUUCCAUGAGGGGGUCCUUUAUCUCUUGCACACGCUUUCUACUCCUCAAUGUCUUCCCUUCUUGCAACGUUGGAAUCAUCCUUCAUGACUUGGUUUCCUUCCUCGUCCCGGAGGGGGAAAUGAUCAGCCUGCUUCUCUUGACAUGCGUGAUGGAUGGAUGGAGGUUGGGACUUUACUCGGAGCAUUUUGCACCGCCUGCCGCCCUGCUUGGAGGGCACCACCGUUCUCGUCCCGUCCCGUCCCCGACACAGUGAUUGGCAGCUGCACUUUCCUCCCCUCCUCCCUUUGCUUUAUAAAUGAAGCCAUAUGUUGUUCUGUUGCCCUUGCUGCUGUCAUCAUAAUAACCUUUUAGUGUUUAUGCAGUUGUUUACCUGCUCAGAGUGCUUGCAGAUUGCUACUUACAGCACUGCCACAGUGCAGGUAGGUCAGGUGAUCGUGCCGACAUGGCUGUGGACCUAAAGCGUGAGCAUCAGAACAGCUCAGUUUUUAUUUUUGCCUGAAUUUUAGCUUGCCUACCUUACCGCUCUAAGGUAGGUGACAAGCUUUAUCUGUCAGCUGAUAUAGGUAGAUGGCAGACUUCCCCAACCUGGUGCUCUCUAAGUGAUUUGGACUACAACUCCCAUCAGCCUUGGCACGGACAGGAGAAUUAGUCCAGGACAUCUGGAGGGCAUUGGCUUGGGGAAGGCAGGUGCAAAUCCAUUAGUCAGUGUAACAGUGGGGAAGGACCAUGAUUCAGUGCAGAAGCCCCCCAGGUUGCAUCUCAGAUCAGAGGGCAGAUUAUGGGGAAAGCCUCUACCUCCGAGACCC